AUGCAUGUGCGCGCGCGCACUCUCUCUCUCUUUGCGCAGCUGGCCGAGGGGGUUCCAGGGCCGGGUGAGAGCCUGGCGGGGGCCGCCCCGCUCAGAAGCAGGAGGAGGGCGGAGGUGGGGCAAGGGCUGGCAGGCCGCCACUUUUUGAAAGAAGCGGAAGGAGGUGCGUUCUCCCUCGCCAGUCUUAACUAGAUCAGAGGUUAAGGCCUAUUGGAUGCAGUGGGACUCAUGGGCGUAAUAAUAAUAAUAAUAGUAAUAAUAAUUUAUUAUUUAUACCCCGCCCAUCUGGCUGGGCUUCCCCAGCCACUCUGGGCAGCUUCCAAAAAAAUAUUAAAAUACUGUAGUACAUCAAACAUUAAAAAGCUUCCCUAAACACGGCUGCCUUGUGCUCGGAAACGUACUGGGAGCCAAUGUAGGUCUUUCAAGACGGGUGUUAUGUGGUCUCGGUGGCCGCUCCCAGUCACCAGUCUAGCUGCUGCAUUCUGGAUUAGUUGUAGUUUCCGGGUCACCUUCAAAGGUAGCCCCACGUAGAGCGCAUUGCAGUAGUCCAAGCAGGAGAUAACUGGAGCGUGCACCACUCUGGCGAGACAGUCCGCAGGCAGGUAGGGUCUCAGCCUGAGUAGCCUGCCCCCACCCCAUAAUGUCCUCUUUGUGGGGUGGUUUUGAAGGAAGGUGAGGACAGGUAGGCCCGAAGUCACCCCCCACCAAAGCAGGCUCAAAGCUUCUCAAAGCUUUUCAAAAUCAUUUUCUCAGCAGCUAAGCAUCAGAAACAUUCCGCUCUGCUGUAACAAAGGUAGAGAAGAGUCCAUUGUUUCUCAGGCCUUUCUCAGGCCUUCUGGCCUUGCUAAAGAACCACAUUGCAACUUGCUUUCUGUCUGGGAACCAUGCCAGAACAAGAGAUUGAAACAUAUCUGAACAUGCUGAAAACCCCCUCGGCUUCUCAUUCCCCCUUUCCUGGGAAGAGUCCAAUAGUCCCAAGACAGCUUUCUGUACAUGCUCAGGAACCUCAACAUGGGGCAGGACUCCUGAGGGAGGAGAAAGGAGGAGGGAACUGGAAAGGGGUAUAUAUGCUUGUGCACAUGAUUGUGAACUUGUGCAUGCUUUUUGUGACUUAUCACACUUGCUCCUUCUACCAGUUCAUGGAUGGUAGAAAUAAAAGCCUUUUCUCCGAAACUAUUCCUUGAGUGUCUGUUGACUCCCACUUCCCUUUCCCAGGCGCAAUAUUUUUCCCACCCGAGGGCAAAGCCUCAUAAGGCUACAGUUUCAUUAAAAAAAAAAAACCUCAACAACUUUGAUUCCCUAAAAAAAAAGCAAAAGCUGCCCCCCCAACAAAAUUCCUGGCUACGCCCAUGGUGGGACUGCUUACUCCUAGCAUAGCCAGGAUUUAUGUGGGGGGGGGACGCAGGACACCCACCUGUCCAGGCAUGCCAACUUGACUAAAAUAUGAGGGGAGCUCAGGUAAGCCCUGCCCUGUGUAAUCAAUCACAUGACAUGGUGCAUACACACCAUUCAAAUGGCAAUGCCCAUGACCUUUGCGGGAGGGGGCGUUUCUCAAAUAUUUCAUUAAAGGGGGGGAUCAAAAGGAUCUAUGCACCUAUCAUCAUCCAGUGGAAUGAAUGAUUCGGAAUGAAAUGUCUCAAGAACAGUUUUAAAUUACAGUGGUACCUCGGUUUAAGAACAGUCCUGUUUACGAACAAUUUGGUUUAAGAACUCCGCAAAACCGGAAGUAGUGUCCCGGUUUGAGAACUUUACCUUGGUCUAAGAACAUGAAAUAUACUCAGAGUCCUGUAGUGAUUUCAUGCUCUUUAUUGCAGCUUGUAAAACAGUGGUUGAAUUGCCCCCCAAACCUCAGGCUUUUACAUACAUUAUUUACACAAUGAGUCCCGUCUGAUUGGCUGAUUCUGCUUCCCUGCUGGAGCCUGAUUGGUCUUUUCCUGCAGGCCAAUCAGUUAUUGCAUUCUACGAUCCUACCAGCCUAAUAGGCUGAUUAACUUCCUCCUGGAGCCUGAUUGGUCUUUUCCAAUCAGUUGUUGCAUUCUAGGAACCUACUUGCCUAUUGCUCUAGGAUCCAAGCUUAGUACAUAACAGAACGGAAUCCGAACAGUGGAAGCACACUGGCGGCAGGAGGCCUCAUUAGGGAAAACGCGCCUCAGUUUAAGAACAGUUUCAGUUUAAGAACAGACUUCCGGAACGGAUUAAGUUCGUAAACCAAGGCGCCACUGUACUUUCUUUUCACCCCGAGUGAUCAGAAAAAUCUGUCAAAAUCCUUCUACAAUUUGUACUUUUAGUUCAGUAUUUUUAUUUAUUUACUUGAUUUAGGAGGGUAGUUGCCCCCCUGGCUAUGCCCACAAUUCCUAGGGAAGUGGGGUUCAGGUCACAGCUUAGAAGAGGGGUGGUCAUCAUGGUGCCCUUCAGGGUAUCCCCCCCCCCACAACUCCCAUCAUCCCUGAUGGUUAGUCAUAUCUGAGGCUGAUGGGAAUUGUCUGGAUUUUCCACUUGUGUCUGAAGAAAGUGGGGUGAAUUUCUGAGACUGUCCUCCCAACUCACCUCCUGCAUCUACAUAUUAAAAUUAUUUUUUAUUUAUUUUACAUUUAUAGCCCACCUUCCCUCCAAGGAGCUCAAUACGGCAUACCUGAUUCACCCCCUCCCUGGGUUAUCUUCACAGCAGCCCUGUGAGUUAGGUUAGGCAGAAAGUCACACAGUGAGCUUCAUGAGUAAGCAGUGGUUUAAAUCCGUGUCUCCCAAGUCCUAUCCCGACACAGGAGUUCCUCUGGCUUUGCAUGGUGAACUGAAAUUCAUCAAGUGUUUGAUUGAUAGUGUUUGUUGUUACUGACUUAGCCUUCUUUAUUUUCCUUUGGGGAGGAGAGAGCUGCGUUUAAAAAAUGUGAAAGGUAAAGAUGAAACAAAAAAAAUUGAGUUUCCCUUGUCCCUUAAGGGUCUGUACUGGUUGUUUUUGUUUCGCAACACUUAAUAUCAACAGCAGUAUUUUUUUGUGUAUAACCGUAUUUUUUUGUGUAUAACACAUCCGUGCAUAAGACUAUUUUGGGGGACUCAGAAUAAAGGAAAUGGGGGGAAAUCACCCAGAGAUGUUAAGCUUUGGGGCAGGGGGAGAUUCGCAAGAGUUGUUGAGCUUUUUGAGGGGAGGCUUGCCCAGAGUUGAGCUUUUGGGGGUGGGGAAUGCAGAAAAUCGCUCACCUCCCUCGCACACAUCGAAUAAGCCUCCUGUCGGCUGCCCCGCCCUCGCCACCAGCUGCCGCCUAUCGACCGCCAACUUGCCGCAGAAACAGCCAAUCAAAACAACCCCCUUGCCGUAGCCACCAAUCACCCACCCAAUCAUAGCUGACAAUGUCCUGCUGGCUGCACCAACCUAUCGCUUGUCCCCCCCAUGCGCUAUCCAUGUAUAAGACAACCACAAUUUUUGAGAUUGUUUUAUCAUAAAAAAACACCUUAUCUUAUACAUGGAAAAGGAGUAUCUCCACCCCCAUCAUUCAGCCCGGACACGGAGGUCCAGCCCAGAGGGCCUUCUGGCAGUUCCCUCGCUGCGAGAAGUGAGGUUACAGGGAACCAGGCAGAGGGCCUUCUCAGUGGUGGCGCCCACGCUGUGGAACGCCCUCCCAUCAGAUGUCAAGAAAAUAAACAACUAUUUUACUUUUAAAAGACAGCUGAAGGCGGCCCUGUUUAGGGAAGUUUUUAAUGUCUGACGCUGUAUUGUUUUUAAUAUUUGGUUGGAAGCCACCCAGAGUGGCUGGGGAAUCCCAGCCAAAGGGGCGGGGUAUAAAUAAUAAAUUGUUGUUGUUGUUAAAACUACGGUACACUUCUUCAAGGAGAGGGUCAGGUCCCUCUGUUGUCCCCUGUUGGGGAAGUGGGUACCUUUUCAGGUCUGUCACCCUCUUCCUUUCGUUUCUCUCCAUUUUCCUGGUAAGUCUUCUGUGCCUUUGUAAAACAAGGUCAAAUUCAACAGGUGCAGCUUGCCACCCAUGUCCUGCAAAAUUGCAUCUUCAGAUGAAGAGGAUUGCUGCACCUUGUUGAUUUGUAGCUCUCUGUAGCAAGAACAGGAAACACCCCCCCUUUGCUCUGCUACCUGGGCGCUGAUGGGUGGGGGACCACAUUCAUAUUAGCCGCUCCCCCCAUCAUUCCUGACAGAGUCUGGACCUUUGUCUGACAGGUUGACAUUCAACUGGUGAAGUCCUCUGUCAAUGGAACUCCAGGCUGGCACAAGGCUACACCUGCUUUGUUUCUGUAUUGUGAUUCUCCCAAAAAGCUGGGGGUGGGGGGAGGCCUCUUCAAGGGGGGGUGCUGAUCCCACUUCUGCCUGGGAGCCCCCACCAUUGGCAGUUUCUUUCUGCCCUCCAUAUAUUCCAGCUGAGCACACAGUGUCCUAUUCCCCAAGGUUAAAGAACAAUUAGCUCCCUAUUAACUCAGUGCCUCUGCCCCCCCUCUUACAUUUCCUUUCCUUCUCAAAUGGCUUUUUUUAAAGAGCCAUAUCAGGGUCUGUCUCUCGAUUUCAGACAAUUUACCCACGGAGUUUUAUACUUUAUUUAUUUAUUCCUAGGGGUAUUUGUCAACUUCCAGCUCGUAAGUAAAAUAUCACAGAAUGGGUUUCAUUCCAAGUGAGCUGUAAUCAAUGAAACUUCUAUAAAUUUGUGCACAAGUAAAUUCACUUUAAAAAAAAAAGAUUUCUAUUUAUUUAACAACUCAAUAGCAGGGGACAUUUGGAGGGGUGUUCUAGGAGGGGGUCCCCAUCUCAAAAGAGGCAUUCUGUCCUUUGUGAUUAACUAAAACCACAAAUUAAUUGAAAAAUAAUGUUCGGUUAAUUAACGCCGCCCUUUUUAACUGAACAGAAAAUAAUGGAUUAAUCUUAGCCGAUUAAUCUACUGAUGUUGCAGUCCAAUAGAGAGACAGAACAUAACAGCUCAGGGAGCCAGUGUGGUGUAACAGAUUAGGACCUGGGAGACCAGGGUUCAAAUCCCCACUCAACUAUGAAGCUUGCUGGCUCUCAGCUUAACCUACCUCACUGGGUUGUUGUGGGACUCAAAUGAAGGGGAAAACCUUGUAGCUCCUUGGAGAAAAAAGUGGGCUAUAAAUGCAAUUAGCAAACAAGUAAUGGCUUAUAUUACUAGUGCCACAUUAUAUAGCUCAGUUGGUUAGAGUGCGGUGCUGAUCGCAGGUUCGAUCCCCAUAAGGGACAGCUGCAUAUUCCUGCAAGAUGAUCCUCAGGGUCCCUUCCAACUCUAUGAUUCUUUGAUUCUUCUGAAUCAGAAGGGGUAGCACCUCCCAUCCUCCCUACUGGCUAGAACCAAUGUGAGCUGCAGUCUGCAAAAUUGUGUUGAUGUGGUUUGAGUUGAGAAAGUGGCCUUUCACAGGACAAAAGCAGAUAAUAAUAAUAAUUAUUAUUAUUAUUAUUAUUAUUAAUUAUUAUUUAUACCCCGCCCAUCUGGCUGAGUUUCCCCAGCCACUCUGGGCAGCUCCCAAUCAAGUGUUAAAAACAAUACAGCAUUAAAUGUGAUUAAGAGAGCAACAUUUGCUUAUUCAAGUGUCUGCCCUAUUCACAUAUAAACUGAGCAUCUGGAGUCCAUUUGUAUAGUCACACUAGGAAAAAGAGCUGAACCCCCUCCCUUUACCCCCUUGCAGUCCAACUUUUCACACAUAUUUUGGAGGGCGCUCACAAGCAGGCCCAAAUGCAAGACUCCCCGUUAUACGUCCCUAGAAUACAUUGUUCAGAUAUACAUCCUCUGAGCGUGUAGGCUCCAUUUAGCUCUCGUGACUAAUAGUCCUUGCUGGACCUGUUCUCUGUAAGUUUGUUCUUAAAAGCCAUCCUUCCUCUUCCUAGUAACAAGCGAAGGUGGCUGGCAGAAACUGAGCCCGAAUCAGAGCACUGAGAAACCAGAAUUGUCAUGCUUGACAGAACCCAAAGUUCUGCAGAAGUACAAUAAAUAUUUGGGACUGCAAGGGCCAUCUAGUACCAACUCCCUGCUAUGCAGGGAGCCCCAUAUUGUCUAUUCUGACUGGCAGCUCUCCCGAGCAACAGGAAAAUGAAUUUUUGCUCCCACCUGCUGCUUGCUCUGUUUUAACUGAAUGUAUCGCUGGAUUCAACCUGGAAUCUGCAUACAAAGCAUAUGCUCUCCUAUUGAGUUAUGGGUCUCUCCUUAAGCCCAUCACACACACAUACCCUUUUCAGACAGGCUUGUCCUUUGUCAUCUUUCAUCAGCAGGAAAUGUUCUCAUUUCAAGGAAAGCAGCCUUGUCUGCUUAGAAAGGAAAGGGCAGGGAGACAGUAUCAAUUCUGCUUUCAGAGGCGGCUGCCAUCUGGUCACAUGCCGAUGGAUUAUCAAAUGGAACCCUUUCCCCCCUCCUUAUUAAACCUCGCGUGAAGUUAAAUUACUUGGCAGUCACACAGAACGGUGUAGGGCGGUGUGUGGAGGUGGAAAACGGUGACCGAGAUGUUAUGAACAGGGCGAACGAGGUGCUAUGAGCAGGAACCAAAGUGCAUUUAAUUUCCCCCAGGCUUUGAGGUGCUUCUCUCAACAAAGCUUGUGAGAUGCUACCUCUCUCACUUCUUCCAGAUCUGCCCGAGAACCCACCUUUCCUCUGUUGUAAACAAAAUCUGCCCUUUCCCCCUUAUGGGGUAUCCAAGAGCCCAUAUAGAGUUCUUACAUAGGUUCCCUGUUGGUAGGAGAGAAUAACAGAGGCCAACCAGAGAAUACUGAGAAGCAAAGCAGCUAGUAAGCUUGAUCUUUAUUGAUCUGUUGCAACAGGGUGCUCCCCUCACCCGCAGGAAAGGAGGAGGAGGAACCCAGAAAAAUGGUGUGCAAGGCCUUAUAAAGACUUUUGAAAUUGCCACCCUGUAGAUCAAGACCACCCCCAGAAACAUCAUACAUACAUCACAGAAGGGGUGUAACCUAAGACCACCCCUCAGAUACAUCAUACCUACAUCACAGAAAAGGCGGUCUAAAACAGAAAUUUUAAUGUUGUUUUUCUCCUGUCCUUGUUUAUCUCCUGUCUGGCAGGUUACUUGAUUGGAUUGCCUGGGGAGCCUGGCCAGUCUUUUUGUAAUGAUAAAUACUUAGUUCCUGGGCCAUGUCACAGGCUCACACCCUAUUCAUAUCUUAAAUGUGCCCUUAAGACAGGAUUUGUGAGGAAAGAGACAAUGGGGAGGUUUCCCACUUUGACCUUGUAGAGAAAACAUUUACUCAGUUUAGGAAUCAAAAUGGUUCCAGGUUGGUCUUCCUAUGCUGAUCUAUGUACAUGCUUGGUUGGUACACUUAGGAACAUUACCAUAUAUCUAAGACCAUAAAAUUCCUAUCACACCACGAAGCCUUUGGCACACCUCUCUAGUUCAAAGGCCCUAAGUGAGAGAUGGGGAAACGGUAACCCUCCAGUUGUUGCCAGACUACAACUCCCAUCGUCCUUGACUGAGGUAGGGAAACUUGGUUCAGCCCAGGGACCUCCUUCUCUUCUAGGCAACUUUGCAAGGUACACGCCAGGGCCAAUAACUUUGCCUUUCUACACUGGACUUGUUCCUACAUGCCUUCUCUAUCCCACUCCCUACAGGCCAACAAGAGAGGCGUUAUUACAAAGCAAGGACGCAUUCUCACCGGGCAGAAUCAAAGCAAAACCUCAGAGAGUGCCAAAGAAAACCAAUAAGGGGUAUGGCCUGGGAUAAGUGGUGUGGCUGAAGAGAGGUGUGGCCUGGAGAGAACCAAGAGGGCGACAUUCGGGACUGAGGUUCCUGCUCAAUAUCAUUUACCGCCACGGCUCAUGCUAGCUGGGGCUGAUGGGAGAUGUAGUCCGAUCUUAUGGAGAGUCAGCAUGGUGUAACAAGACUGUUGGGCUAUGACCUGGGAGAGCUAUUUCAUAGGUAAAGGGACCCCUGACCAUUAGGUCCAGUCAUGGCCGACUCUGGGGUUGGGGCGCUCAUCUCGCUUUAUUGGCCGAGGGAGCCGGCGUACAGCUUCCGGGUCACAUGGCCAGCAUGACUAAGCCGCUUCUGGCGAACCAGAGCAGCGCAUGGAAACGCAGUUUACCUUCCUGCCGGAGCGGUACCUAUUUAUCUACUUGCACUUUGAUGUGCUUUCGAACUGCUAGGUUGGCAGGAGCUGGGACUGAACAAUAGGAGCUCAUCCCAUUGCAGGGAUUUGAACCGCCAACCUUCUGAUCAGCAAGUCCUAGGCUCUGUGGUUUAACCCACAGCACCACCCUCAUCCCGAAUCAUAGAAUUGUGGAGUUGGGUGGUCAUCAAAUCCAACCCUUUGCAACGCAGGAAUUGUUUUUCCCAAUAUGGUACUCGAACCCACGCCCCUGGGUCCCAUGCUCUACCAUCUAAGGGAGAUCAGGGUUCGAAUCCCCACUCAGCCACGAAGCUCAUUGGGUGACCAUGGGGUCCAGUACACUGCCUCCCACAGCCUAACCUACCAUGCGGGGUGGAUGGGUGCGAGGAUAACUGCAAUAAGCAAUCAGAGGGCUCGUUCAUUUAUUCAUUUAUUCAAUUUCUAUACCGCCUUUCAUCCCAAGAUCGCGGGGCGGUUUACAACAUAAGAGCACAAAACAAAGUACGUAACAUAUUCGCAGGCAAAAGCAAGAAGCCCUUCCAGCCAACUCCUUCCUACUUCUCUUUUCAUUCCAGCUGCAGAAACUGGAAAGAGAAAGUGAGAAAAAAACCCGAGAGCCAGAUGGCCCACCAGAAACCGUUCUUGCGCACACCCCUUGGCGUCAUACGGGAGCAGCCGGUCGUGGGAGGGCGGACGGCUCGCCUUACGACGCGGGGGGGAGAUAGAACACCGUGCAGGAAAAUAGAACGCCAUGUAUCCAUCUGAUUCCGCCCGCAGCCAAUAGCAGCGGAGGGCUUCGCGCUCUCGGCCAAUGAGCGGGCGGCUCCUGUGGGCCCGGAUUUCCUCGUCCUCCAUCCAGCUUGCGGUUGCUGGUGGAGGCAGCGGUCGGAGCUGCGCGCGUCUCCUGCUGCCGCUGCCGCCGCCGCUCCCGGUGCGCAAGACGUGGAGGAAAAGCCCAAGGCGGCCGUGCUGGACGUUCAGGUAAGGAGAUUAGACCCUGAGUGUGUCUAAUAGGCGAGCUUCUCGGGUUUGGCUGGAAUGUGGCAUCGCAGUUCGCAUCGGGCCCCUUCGCGGCCAUAACUUUCGGUUUUCUUAUGGUGGUCGCUGAGCUUUGCGUUUUCAGAGAUGCAAUGGCACAUGACCUCUCCGACGCCUCGUUUGCUGUGGCAGCUGACAGCGCCGCCCGGUGCGUGCCUCCUCAGCAGCAGGGUCUGGCCUGAAGGCUCCAGGGUUGCCUGGCCACGUCCAGGCGGCAGGUGGAGGGGCUUGAAUCUCCAGGUGGGCGGGGACGCGGUUGAUGAUGAUGAUAAUAAUAAAUGAAUAAAAAUCAAGAAGGCCGUGCAUGAAGCUUGCAAGCUUCAGACUGGCAGGAGCCGUUGCAAAUUGUAGCAUAAACAUUGGGGAGGUUUUUUUUUGCUACCCUCGUCCCCUCUCUUUCCCAGUUAACCUCCAUCUCCAGGUCCCACCUCCCCAUGACAUCACCCGGGGCUGCCCCUCGGUCUCAGGUUUGGUCCCUGCAAUCUCAGGGUCUGGGAUGCUCCUGACCUGGCUACCUGUUCCGUGGAGUGUGGCUUAUCUCCAAGCAGGUGUGUGUUCAGAAUUACAGAGUAGGCUUGCUCCUUCUGCAUCCGGCUUCAGAACUGAGCUUUGCUGAUCUCUGUUUCCCUGUGCCAACGCAGCGCCCCUCUCCUCCCUACACCCUGUAGGCAUUCUUUCUCCAAAGGUUAUUGAGGUGCAUACAUCGCAGAGGGCCAGUCCAGCCAUAAGAAGGACCCUUUUGGAUCAAGCCAAAGGCCCAUCAAGUCCAGCAUUCUGUUCUUACAGCAGCCAACCAGACGCCCAUGGGGAGCCCAAAGCAGGAGCCCACAGAUAGAUUUGAUUCCAUUUCAUAGAGUCAUCAAAUUGUAGAGUUGGAAGGGACCCCAAUGAUCAUCUGAUCCAACCCCCCUGCAAUGCAGGAAUCUCAGCUAGAUCAGUAAUGACAGGUGGCCAUCCAAUUUCUGCUUAAAAACAUUCAAGGAAGAAGAGUCCACCUUCCACUGUCUAACAGCUCUUACAGUCAGAACGUUCCUCCUGAUGUUGAGUCAGAAUCUGAUAUCUCGUUACUUGAAUCCAUUGGUUCCCCUCUCCCCAUUUUAUCCUCUCAACAACCCUGUGAGGUAGCCUACAGGCCAUGGAAAGUAGUGGCUUGCUCAAGGUGACCCAGUGAAUUUGUGACUAAGUGGGCACUUGAACCUUCUCCAAUCCAAUUCCAAUAUUAUUUUCAGGUCAGUUGAAGGCCUGAAUCAAAUGGGUAUUAAAUACAGUGUCAAAGUUUCCUGGUUAGAAAGGUGGAGCUCUCCGUCACUGGAGGUAUUUAAACAAAGGUUUGAUAACCAAUCUGUCAAGGAUCCUGGAAUUGUAACCUGCAUUAUAGAUUCUACACAGAGUAGAUGGCUGAACAAAAUGGUAGCCUGCAACAUUUUCAGACCUCUUGCAUUUGGGGAUCCAUUUAUUAAUGUUUAUCAUAUACAGUGGUACUUUGGUUUAAGAACAGCUUAGUUUAUGAACAACUUGGAUUAAAAAUUCUGCAAACCCGGAAGUAGGUGUUUUGGUUUGUGAACUUUGCCUUGGAAGCAGAACAUGUUCUGCUUCCUGUUGAGUGUGUUCCAUUUGUACAUUGAGUCCCCCGCUGCUAUGGGAAAGCACGCCUUGGUUUAAGAACGCUUUGGUUUAAGAACGGACUUCCGGAACAGAUUAAGUUCAUAAACCAAGGUACCACUGUAUUUGUAUUGUGUUAGUGCUACUGUUGUGACCUACUUUUUAUUGUUUUUAUUAUUUAUUAAAUUAAUGGAAUUUAUUUAAUUCCCCUACUGCCGUUCAUCCAAAGAUCACAGGAUGGUUUACAAUAUAAGAACACAAAAAUACAUGGUUGUUGGCAUCUGCCUGUCUCGAGAGACAAUGGGAUGCACCUCCCGGGGUGAAGCCAAAUCUCUGUGUUGCCAGCUCUGAAGUGACCUCCCCGGGGCGCAGGCCUGGGCAGUGUGCAUGGGGGUCCUGGGCUGCCCAGAUGACGAGACCCCUGGCCGAUGCGGUCCACAGGAAAACAGAGCAAGACGUUUGGCAACAGCUUGGCUGCAGGAGUUGCUGGAAGGAGGCAUAUAAGGCACCGUCCAACUUUCACAGCAACAAACAGAAACAGUACCUCCACACACACACAGUUUAAAAGGCCAUAGAUUGCUUAAUUAGCCAGAGGCCUGGGUGAAUAGGAACGUUUUUGCUUGACACCUAAAGAAAUAUAACGAAGGUCUCUCUGGGGAGAGCAUUCCACAAGAGGGGGAUCCUUGGGUCAGGCCAUGGGGCAGUAGUGGGUCCCUACCUGCCAAUUGAAGACCAGUGAACUAGAUGAACUCCACUUAUCGUUUCAGCUCUAGAAUUAUAUGGUUGCCCUGUAUGACCAAAAAUAAGGCUGCAAAUCUUAAAUGCACUUAAACGCCCAUGGAUUUCUGUAUGAAUGUCUAUGUUUCAGCACGCUUAGGACUGUGUUGUAAAGGCAGUAGCACACAUUUAUUAAUUUAUUGCAUUUUGUUCUUCGGUUUUCUUGGGCUGCAAUCCGAUAUGCAGUGCUAUUUUUCUAGAAAAAGAGGUGCUGGAACUCACCAUGAACGCCUCCCUCCUUGUCUUAGAAUGGCAAUGGCGCCUACCUGAGAGGUGCCAGAACUGAGUUCCAGUGAGUUCCUGCUGAGAUAAAAAAGCCCUGCCUAUAUAUAUUGAAAUUAGACUUGGUCUAAUUUUUAAAAGUCGCCGUAAGUAGUCAGGCCAGACCUUGAGCAAGAGCAGUCUGACCCUCCCCUGAUAGUCUGUUGGGUGUGGAAAGAGAGGAAGGGGGGCCCUGAGAGAAAGGGGGGGCCCUACCAGUGUCAGCAUGCCCUGCAAGGAGAGAGUCUCUUCCUUUAAAUUCCUAGGAGUUUAUCUCAGUGGAGACCUUACUUGGAAAAUCAAUACAACCCAGGUGGUUAAGAAAGCCCAACAGAGACUCCAUCUCCUCAGAGUCUUGCGGAAGAACGAUGUCAAUCAACAUUUGAUGAUCUCCUUCUACCGGUCCACAAUAGAAAGUGUCCUUUCAUACUGCAUCACGGUGUGGUACGCUGGUUUGACAUCAUCUGACAGGAAGUGCCUACAGAGGGUGGUGGAUACAGCACAAGAUAUUAUGGGAUGUCCCGUGAAUCCGCUGGAUGAAAUAGCGGAAGAACGUUGCCUCAGGAGCGUGAGGAAAAUUCUCAGGGAUGAUUCACACCCUGGCCGGCACUUUCUGGAUCUCCUGCCCUCGGUCAGAAGAUAUAGAAGCAUGAUUAGUCGCGCCAACAGGGUAAAGAACAGCUUCUAUCCGUGGGCUGUUAGGCUGCUGAAUGAAAAGAUAACAAAAGGGCAACUGACUUUUGGGUUUGGUGGGUGUGCGUCAGUAAACGCGGGGAAUUAAGACUAAGAGAGCUGAGUGGGGGGUGCUCGUGUAAUCUCACUGUAUACAAGUUGUACAAGUGACAAUAAAGUACCAUAUUUUUUGCUCUAUAAGACUCACUUUUUCCCUCCUAAAAAGUAAGGGGAAAUGUGUGUGCAUCUUAUGGGGUGAAUGCAGGCUGCACAGCUAUCCCAGAAGCCAGAACAGCAAGAGGGAUCGCUGCUUUCACUGUGCAGUGAUCUCUCUUGCUGUUCUGGCUUCUGGGAUUCAGAAUAUUUUUCUUCUUGUUUUCCUCCUCCAAAAACUAGGUGCAUCUUGUGGUCUGGUGGGUUCAGUGAGUCUUACUCCCAGGUUACGUAUGUAUGGGAUUUUACCCUUAAGCCUUUUGCAUUACAAGCCGCAGCCUUCAAUGGUCGGCCUGAAGCAAGGGGCAGACUUCAAAGAAACUGGAUCCGGCCUCCAUGCUAGUGCUUCCUUCUCUCUCCCUUUGCCUUCCCAGCCAUGAGCACGUCCGGUUCUCUCCUGUGGGCGGUCGACAUCUUUGGCCGCGUCUACACGCUCUCCACCGCCGGCCAGUACUGGGAACUCUGUAGAGAUGGGGAGCUGGAGUUCAAGAGGGUUUCUGCCGUCAAGCAGUGCUGCUGGGGAAUUGCGUGCGACCACCAGGUCUACGUUUACAUCCACUCCAACGACGUCCCCAUCCGGUACCAGGAAGAAACCUACGAGAAUCAGGUAUGCAAAAGGAAGGGCUGAGCCCACAAUAGAAGCCGGCAGUUAAAGCUAAGAAGCGUGCCCCGCUGGAUCAGACCCAAACCCUGUCUAUUCCAGCAUCCUGUGACCAGUCAGAUGCCUCUGGGAAGCCCACAAGCAUGAGGGCCAUAAGCCUGUUGCUUCCCAGCAGAAUUAGGUGGAGCCACCGUGUAAAUAUUACUAUCUUCUGUAAAGUAGGCUAGUUUCCACACACCCACUGUUACUCACGCUAUUCUUCUCUGUCCUCUGUCCAAACAAUGCAUUAUCAGAGUUCAAGGACACAUUCCAGCCAGGCAGAAACAUUCAAGUAGGGUCAGUGGGUCUGGAGAUGCCUGCCCUAUAUCUAACAGAGCUUCUCAUUCAUGCUUUGUUCCGUACAGUAACAUCUGAGUGCAGAAUGUGUUGGGUUUUAAUUUGGCAUUCCUUCAAUGUUUUCCUGUUGUUGUUUUUUGUUGCAGUUUGUCUUUAAGUGCUAUUUGAAAGUUUAUCAGAAACCACAGGCGGCCUCGCGUAAAUAUGGUAUCUAUCGUGGGUUUCCUCCCUGGGUGUAGAUCCACCCUUACAUAAUUUUGGAGUCUUCACUCAAGCUUUUACUUUUAAAGGCCUAUUCAGUUUGUGCGCAUAUGUCCUGGAAAUCUGUUGGCUGACUAAUGGGGUACUUUUUAAUUUUUUAUUGUUAUUUCUUAAAUUUAUAUAUUGAUCUCGGGGUGGUUCACAAGAUAAAAAUUCAGGAUAAAAGCACAAAUACAUAGUUAAAACAGAAACAAAGCAAAACAAUACCCCCCCCCCCAAUUUAACAGGCUAUAGAAUAUUAAUCAGCCAAUGGCCUGGUUGAAGAGGAAUGUUUUCCCCUAGUGCCUAAAGAUGUAUAAUGAAGGUGGCAGGCGAGCCUUCCUGGAGUAUAUCUUUGCAUUCCACAAAUGGGGAGCCAGUGCAAAAAAGGCCCAGUCUCGUGAUGCCAUCCUCCAGACCUCACAUGGAGGAGACACACAAAGGAGGACCUCACAUGAUGAUUGCAGAAUCCGGGUCGGUUUAUAUGGGGAAAGGCAGUCCUUGAAGUAUUGCAGUCCUGAGCCGUUUAACUUGUUCAGCUGAACAAAUGAUUUCUUAAUUGAUUUAAUCUGUUGAAUAUUGGAGCCCCAAAAUGUACUCUCCAGGCAGAGGCAAUCUAAGGUUACCAAUGUGGGUCCUAAGUCAAACAUCUGUGGCCCUCCAGAUGUCGUUGGACUACAACUCCCAUCAUCCAUUAGCCGUUAGCCACACCAGCAGAGGACAAUGGGAUUUGUAGUCCAGCAAUGCCUGGGGACCUGAGGUUAAGAGAGUGUACAAUAUGUGAUUGUUUUCUUGUUCACUCCCUGGCAGCGCUGGAAUCCUGUGAUUGGCUUCUGCGAGAAGUUAUUGCCCAGUGACCGCUGGCAGUGGAGCGAUGUGAGUGGGCUGAAGCAUCAGAUGCUCGAAAGCUUUGAGUUGCCGUCGCCUCACUGGGAAUGGGAAGCUGACUGGUAUGUGGAUGAAAAUUUUGGAGGGGACCCCACAGAGAAAGGGGUAGGUGCAAAAUAUUGAAAAGGGAUCCACGUCCUCUUGCGAGGAGGGAGGGAGCAAUGUUGAAGGGGAGGGGUUGCUAUCUUGCUUCCAAAAUACAUUGCUGCAUUCAUACUUGCAACCCGGGGAGGGUGUUGAGCUGGGGUUGCUAUUUGUAGUAGAAAGCAGGGACCACUAGGUCAAAGGCAGGGGCCUUCAGGGCAUCUCCAAAGACUAGGUUUGCCCGGGAACUGUGAGUGUACAAGCAAGCAAGCAACCUUAUGUUGACUCAGCAGUUGCACUGCUAUACAGACGCCUAUUGGAUAGUGUCUGUGACGUCACGGCAAGGUUGUGUCUCCUAGUACUACUUACUCCAUUUUGGGAAUAUUACUGCUACCAUUCCUGUUAUCUUUUCUUGUAACCCUUCUGCACUCUUUUUAUGCUGAUGCUGGAGCGCACGUCAAAUUAACAACUGAUUAACCCUCCAGUCGCUGGAAUGGUGGGUGUUGGAAUCCAACAGCGCCGGGAGGUCCUUAGAUUUGGGUAGCAACAGAUGGCUCGUUAGCUUUAGUAGACAAAUUUAAUAAAUAAUAAAACAUUCUUGUAGCUGCAAAUCAUAUUGAUGUCAAGCAACCUUCAUUAUGGUGUUAUUCUUCUUGCGAUAGUUCUGUGCAUUGCGGUUAUUAACAGAUAAAAUGUGCAGAGUUUGUUAACUGCGGUUGUUUGGAAGUUGCACUGAUUUCAGAGGGAGUUGCUCCCUGUGAAGUAUAGUGAGUAAUCUGUCUCCACUGAUUUGAGUGGGGUUUACACCCAAGUGAGCAUGUCUAGGAUUGUAGCCUUAGAGGACAGGCCACCAAAGUUGUGUCCAUGGGCAUCAUUGUGGCCACCAACAUCACCUAGGUGUCAGUAAAUACCCUCUUCAAAAUCUGCAAUGCACAAGAGACUAUUUGGUCUCAGCUGCUGUUCAGUUCGCCUUUGCCCUGGCUGGGCAUAUCCUGUGUUGAAGCUGUCAUGCUACGUCAGCUGUUUUGUGACUGGCACCCACAGCACCGGGCUUUGACCCACCAGGCCAAAGCUAUAGUCGCCCCUUGCCUUAGGCAGCGGUUCUCAACCUGUGGGUCCCCAGAUGUUGUUGGACUACAACUCCCAUCAUUCCUGAGCUCUGGCCUUGCUAGCUAGGGGUGACGGGAGUUAUAGUUCAACAACAUCUAGGGACCCACAGGUUAAGAAAGCUACCUUAGAGGAAUAGUAUUGCUAUUGCGGAGGUUAUUCUUUAUAAGUGUUAGAAGCCCAGCUUCAACAUCGGGCAGCCUCUCCCUAGCCCAGUUUAUGUGCAAACCAGCACUCGUGGUUUGCUUGCUCCUAGUAAACCAUGGUUUGUUCUUACCAUCAUGAUUUGCCAGGAGACAGACAAACCGUAAGCAACGGUUCACAUGUAACGGCAAGUCAACAUCUAGUUUAUUUCCUCUCUGGGGGGGUGGGCACUGAAGUUAAGAGCAGUGGAGGAGCAAAGUGCAAGCUCACUUUAAACCCUAGUUUACUUUAACCUAUCGUUUAAAACUGGGGCAGGAAACCUUUUUCAGAACAAAAGACGUGUGUUCCAUUUGGGGCAAUCUUUCCAGGGCCGUGUGCCACUGCUGUGCAGGGUGAGGUGCAAAAGUUGGGCAAUGGGUAUAAUUUUUUCCUUUGUACACUACGCACUGACUUGCACACCCCUCUCUGUCCUCCAUCCAGGCAAGGAAGAGGAAUGAUCAGAGUUGAAGGGCAAAUUCCAGCCAGGCAAAAAAUACUCAAGGACAGUGCAGAGUCAAGCUAGUGAAUGCCUGGGGAGAAAGUGUAGGCUGGACAGAGGGCCAGAUAGCAAGACUUGGAGGGCCACAUGUACACCCCAAGCCUGAAGUUCCUAUCCCCUGAUUGAAUGUGUCGCGAGAACCAGGUUAGGUUGAUUGGUGGUUCUUAUUAGGCUGGGCAGGCAAUCGGAUCGCAACAUGCUUUAGCUGAGAUUCCAACAUUGCAGAGGGUUGGACUAGAUGACCCACGGGGUCCCUUCCAACUCUACAAUUCUGUGAUUAUGUAUUGGCGGAUUAAAAGUUGCUUUGUAAGAGCAGCGCUGCUAAUUUUGCCAGAGGUUGGUGCUUAGUUUGUGCCUAGAGUAUAUUGAGGGUUUUUUUUUCUGGUAAACUCAAUACUUGACAAAAAUAUUUUUCUGACUGCUCUCUCCCCCUUCCUUCUUUUUCCCUUUUUCAGGGCUGGACAUACGCUAUAGAUUUCCCAGCCACCUAUACCAAAGACAAGAGGUGGAAUUCCUGUGUGCGACGGAGGCGGUGGAUUCGGUACCGGAGAUACAAGUCGCGAGAUACAUGGGCAAAGGUGUCUCUCCUUCUUCCCCCCCCCCAUCCAUUUUUCAAAUUUGCAAUGUGUCUGGCGGUGGUCAGGGUUGGCUCAAGGCCUUUCGCAGUGGCUAUGGUGCACAACCUAAGAUCUAACCCCGGAUUCCUUGCAGCAGGGCCUUUUCAGUGGUGUCCACCUGAUUGUGUUGAUGCCGGGCAAAGGUGAUUUUAUUCUUCCAGGCUCUUGGGGGAUGCUGUUUCUGGGUUUUUCUGUUGCCUUCCAUCUGGGUUGAGGCAUUUGGUGUUUCUGAACACUAAAUGUGAGUUUUGGCAGAAAGCACUUUUAAAAAAAAAAUUAAUGUCGCAACCAGUGGGAUUUGCAGCAAGAUGUUUCAGUGUGGAGGGUUCCAGCAACUUUACCUCCAAUCCAUCCUUUCAUUCCAUUCACACCUAUUACCUUUACCCCCGCAUCCCAUUGGCCGAUUUUGUAGCGACACGCCCCCCCUUGGGGAAGGAUAGUUGUAAUAUUAUUUAUAUUAUUUUUCAACCUUGGGACCCCAUAUGUUGUUAGAGGGCAUAUUGUAAUGCCAACUGCAAGCAAUUUCUAAAUGAGCUGCUCUUAAUAAGAAACAGUAAGUUCACCUGGGAAGAAUGUCGACUCUGUACCAACAGGAAAGUAAUUCAAAGCAUGUUUUCUGCUCUUGCUGCUGUAGAUUCCAUCCCAACAGGAUCCCACACAGUUGCCGGAUCCUUUCAAUGAUCUUUCCGUCGGAGGAUGGGAGAUUACGGACGAGCCAGUGGGAAGGUUGUCCGUCUGGGCCGUGUCUUUGCAAGGAAAGGUAACACCUAUUUGCCUUCGGGAUUCUUGCGUAUGGCAAAAGAGUGUUGGUCCAUCCGUCCAUCAGCCGGUCUACAUCAGGAAUGCAGAGGGCUCUAGCCAGUGCUGGUCCUACUCAGCGUAGACCCAUUGAAACUAAUGAACACAACUCAUUUUAGGUUCAUUAAUUUCAGUGUGUCUUCUCUUGAGUUGGAGCAGUAUUGGAUACAAUCUAGAACAGUUUUUCCCAACCUUUGGGUCUCCAUUUGUUUUUCAGACUACUAUUCCCAUCAUCUCUGACCACUGGUCUUGCUAGCUAGGGAUGAUGGGACUUGUAGUCCAAAAACAGCUGAAGAAACACUGAUCUAGAACCUUUUUCAUCCCCAAGAGAUACAUACUCAUGAGGGCAACUUUGCAGCGGUAGCCUCUGGCAGGCAGCGGCAGGCAGAAUACUUUAAAUACGUUUUUGUUUUAUUUUUUAAAUUACAGGUGUUAUUUGCCGCUCUGGGCUCCCGUUUGGGAGGAAGGGCACGGUGGAAAUUUAUAUAAAAUAUAAAAUUAAAUAGACAAACAUAUAAAAUCAACAGUUGCCGUUCCUGAAGGCUACACGUUUCCCCCUCACUUCAGGUCUGGUACAGGGAAGACGUCUGCCAUCACAAUCCGGAAGGUUCUUCGUGGUCUUUAAUUGCCACCCCCGGUGAAGCCGUCCAGAUCAGCUGCGGGCCAUACGACCUUCUCUGGGGAACUCUUUGGGAAGGGCAGGCGAUCGUGAGGGAAGGGAUUGACAGGAACAACCCUCAAGGUAAGCCCUAUUUUGUGGGAAUGUUCAGGGUGGCAGGAGAGGACAUAUUGUUUAUUAAUAUCCUUCCUAACUUGCUCCAGCAAGUUCCUUUAUUUAGCAGAGUUUACAUUCCCCUUCUCACGCACAGCAGAAAACUCGUUGCAAACUCAUGUGAGUUUCUUAAGACAAUACACAAUUCAAGCUGGCUUGUCCAGAUCAAAAUGUGUUCUCAUAUUUUGCUGGUAAGACCCCUUGAAUCCUUCCUAAAAGAAUAAAGACAGCACAGUCUUAAGGUAAAGGGACCCCUGACCAUUAGGUCCAGUCGUGACUGACUCUGGGGUUGCGGCGCUCAUCUCGCUUUAUUGGCCAAGGGAGCCGGCGUACAGCUUCCGGGUCAUGUGGCCAGCAUGACUAAGCCGCUUCUGGCGAACCAGAGCAGCGCACGGAAACACCGUUUUCCUUCCCGCCGGAGGGAAGGAAUUUAUCUACUUGCACUUUGAUGUGCUUUCGAACUGCUAGGUUGGCAGGAGCUGGGACCGAGCAACGGGAGCGCACCCCGUCGCGGGGAUUCAAACCGCCAGCAAGUCCUAGGCUCUGUGGUUUAACCCACAGUGCCACCUGUGUUCCAGCACAGUCUUAUUCAUAAGCAAUAAAAAGAAAGUUUACUCACGAUCAGACAGAGCACACUGUGAUCCCUGAAGGCACGCUUAAGGCUUAAAGUUAUAAGCAUAUACAAACAGGUUUACCCCAUAUGUGGGUAGACUUAGUGACUGCAGUUAGCAGUCCGGGAAGUUUGCAGGAUGAAAGGAAGAUGGAAAAUAGAGAGAGGCAGCAUGCCUUGUCCUUUUACCAAAUCUGGAAUGGUCACGCCCACCCACUAGUCACAUGCAAGGAAGGACGCUCCAGGCCAGGAGGAACAGGAAGUUUUGACUGGCUGGACCAAACAUCCCCUUGCAUGUCCACUCUAGGAAAACAAGGAAUGUUGUAUUUGACUGCUCCCAGUUGUUACAAGAAUUUUAAGAUCUUAGAUAUAUAAUAAAUGUUCAUAAAGGUACCAAGCGAACACAUACAUAAAUAUAUAAACCGCAUGUCUGAAGCAGCAUAGGAAGACAGUCCUGAAACCAUUUUGACUCCCAAGCUGACCAAAUGUUCCUCUGCAAGGAGGGAGAAGGUGGGGAAAAAAACUUUCCUUGUUACAGAAAUUGAGUAAUCACCAUUUCAAAGGAAUGGGCAGACUACCAGGAAAGGCAAUUAGAUAAGGCAUUAUCAGAUAACCUGGCAGACAGGAAAAACAACAACAUUCAAAUUUCUCUUGUAGACCACCUUUUCUGUGAUGUAGGUAUGGUGUUUGUGGGGGGUGGUCUUGGGUUACACCCCUUCUGUGAUGUGUGUAUGAUGUAUGGAGGGGUGGUCUUGAGCUCCAGGGCAGGGAAUUUAAAAUAUAUAAAAUAUAUAAAAAUAUAAGGGCAGGCACACCUUAGUUCUGGGCCCUCCUCCUCUCUCCUGUGGGUGAGGGGAGCACCCUGUUGCAACAGCUUUAAUAAAGAUCAGGCUUAUGAGCUGCUUUGCUUCUCAAUAGUCUCUGGUUGGCCUCUGUUAUUUUCUCCUACCAGUAGGGAACCCACGUAAGGACUCUGUAUGGGCCCUUGGAUACCCCAUAAGGGAAAAAGGGCAGAUUUUGUAUACAACACAGUGGAUUACAUCCCACACAUUUGCGGUCUUGGGAGACUUUUGACGAUGACCUUCAAGCGCUGAACUGUUUAGGAUCAGGUGACUUAAAGGCUGUAGCAGCAUUCGUUGCUCACCUGGCUUCCCAGCGCCACGCAUCUAUUGGUUACCGGGAGGGUGAGGAGCCAAUCAGGUGCUCCGUUGCUGCGCCUAAACCUUGCCAAGCUCCCUACCGCCUCACCCUCUCAGUAACCGACAGCAUCGUGUGGCAUUGGGACCCCAGGUGUGCAGAGCCGCUCCACCCAUUGCUACUGUUUAAAGUGCCGCCUGCUUUUAAAUCCAUAGCUUAAGAUCUGCUUCAGAGACCCUGAUUAGGUGCUCUCGUGCAAAGAUAGUCUGCCUGGGGAACAGGGCCUUUUUGCUGGUGGCUCCACGUUGUGGUAUUUAAUCCCACGUCAAAUGAGGCAGGCACCAUCCAUCGGUAGCUCCAAAGAGGCCUUUAAAACCCACGGACUGAGGUGUAGAAACAAUAGUUUGCUCUGGCUUUUGUUUGCUUAACUUACGACGGGUUAUUGUUGCCUUUGUGCCAGUUUAUUACUAUGAUUAUGAAGGAGAUAUCUUUAAGUGGUUUUAAUUUGAAGGUGUUUAUUUUAUUUUGUUAAGUUUAUAUCCUGCCCUUCUUCCCAAGGGAGCACAAGGUUCACAUUUUGUUGAUGGUUUGAUGUGUAUUUCGUAUGCCUUGCUUUCCGAAGCGUGUUUUUCUUGAGGUCAUAAAUUUACAAAAAGUAAAUAAAAGCAUCAUAUUUUCCUUCUUGUUUGGAACUGAACUAGGGUUUCAAAUUGUUCUCUUGCUUUUUCCUCUGACAGGAAUUUCUUGGACGAUUGUGGAGCCUCCGGUCGCAGAGAAUGGAAUCUUACAUGUGUCAGUGGGUGUGAAUGUUGUUUGGGCAGUUACCAAAGACCGAAAAGUAAGAAGCUUUGAGACACAAUUGUGAUUUAAGGUUUCCUUUCAUUUAGUGCUGGCUAUGUUUCAAGUCCUCGUGACAGAAGAGAGGAAUUGAAAACAACAGUUUAGGAUAACAGUCAGUCACUCCCCAUCACCCAGGGCAGUAUCUUCGUACCUUAAAAAAUUGUCCUGUCCCCUAUUCCACUUUUAAAAAGACUGGGGAAUCUUCAUUAUAUGUUGCUGUGAUUUAUUAAUCCAGUUCCCUUGGUUUCCUGGGAAGAGGAAAUAAUUGUUAGAACACUCUGGCAAUUCUGGCCCUUUGUGGGGAACAGGGGUCUCCUAACAACUCUCAGCACCCUUAACAAACGACAGUUCCCAGGAUUUUGCGGGAAAGCCAUGACUUUUUAAAGUGGUAUGAUACUCCCUUAAAUGUGUAAUGCAAAUGGAGCCCGUUGCCAUUUUCUGUGUAACCUAUAAAGUAAUUCAGGAAUGUGAGUAUUGCUACUCUGCAUAAUUUAUUCCAGUUUCAGAGUUCUAUUGUGGAGGGGAACGGAGUUGGUAGAGAAAUCCGGAGCCACCAAGCAGUAAUUUUGGAUAUUCUCCCCUCAGGUCUGGUUCAGAAGAGGUGUGAACUCUCACAAUCCUUGCGGCACCAGCUGGAUCGAGAUGGUUGGCGAGAUGGUGAUGGUGAACGUCGGCUUGAAUGACCAGGUGAGGCUCCCUUUAGGACAGGCAUAGGCAAACUCCGGCCCUCCAGAUGUUUGUGAUUACAAUUCCCAUCACCCCUGACCACUGGUCCUGUUAGCUAGGGAUGAUGGGAAUCGUAGUCCCAAACAUCUGGAGGGCUGGAGUUUGCCUGUGCCUGCUUUAGAAGCAGCACAGCAGGUAUCCAAGCAGGUCUGGAACAUUAGCCCCACUAGAAGUUGAACCAGGCCUGCAAAAAGAAAAAAGAAAAAACUUUGAACCCGUUCAUAGGAUUGGCUCUUCUACAGCUGAACCGGGAUGAGCAGAGCCAUAGCUCACUGGCAGAACACAAGCUUUGCAUCUCAGGUUAAAAGGGUGAGGUCGUAGGUGGUUGGAUGUGUAGAUGAAAACACGCCUCCAACUUAGUUUAGGUUUAAAAUCUGUCAAGAUUUUAUUCAAAGCAUUUGCUAAGGAGAGGUGCAGAGGUUUCGCUAGUCUGGUUUAUUUUUUUUAUAUUUUUAAUUAUCUUUGCAUUUUCUAUUUUACAUAAAACAAAUGAAUUAAAAACAUAGACGUAUAAUCCCCACGUACUUGUUACGUGAAAUACAUGUGCAUAUCAUCUUUUUGGGUACCUUUCAACUCAAACAUUUUUCUCGGCCUGAGUCUCCUGUUUUAAUUACUGCGUGGUUUUAAUGGGAUCGUUUCACUGUGUAUUUUAAUUGUGGUUGUUUAUAUUUCAGUGUUCAAAUGGGGCUGUUUUAUUCCGUGUUUUGAUUUUGUAUUCUAAUUAUGGCUGCUUUGUUUUCAUGCUCGCAUUUUCAUACCUGCAAACUGCUUUGAAGCUUAUUUUGGCAUUAGGCAGUACAUAAAUAUAUCAGAUAAAUAAAUAUUAUUGUGUCAAAUAAUAAAGUUGCUCUUACUUGCUACAGCGCAAUGACUGGGAGCCACUUCUUUUCUGAUGUCAGCCACAAGGGAGUUGAACAUCUAUUUUUCUUACUCUCGCACACAUUUCUGCUUUAUCUUCUCUCUCUCUCUCGCUGUCUAGGUCUGGGGGAUCAGCUGUGAGGACAGAGCCGUUUAUUUCCGUCAAGGCGUCACCCCAAGUGAGCUGAGUGGGAAAACGUGGAAAGCGAUUGUUUGCAGCCGAGAUAGUGACCGAUCGCAGACUGGCAGCUCAACAAGUCUCCUCAGGUAACUUAGAAACCCUGAGAAUGUGCUUUUAACCACAAAAACCAUAUUCUUCUACUACAGUGGUACCUCGGGUUACAGACGCUUCAGGUUACAGACUCUGCUAACCCAUAAAUAGUACCUCGGGUUAAGAACUUUGCUUCAGGAUGAGAACAGAAAUCACGCGGCGGCAGCGGGAGGCCCCAUUAGCUAAAGUGGUACCUCAGGUUAAGAACAGUUUCAGGUUAAGAACGGACCUCCGGAACGAAUUAAGCUCAUAACCCAAGAUACCACUGUAUAUAUAAUUUGCUUGGCAAGCUUGCUACUGAAUGAUAACAGUCUUGGAUCUGCUGCAAUCUCUUUCUCUUCACCCUUUCCCCAAGUGCUGGCUGUUUCUUCACGGACGACAUCAAGGAACAAACCAACUCCAUAUUCCGAAGUGAUGGAGACCUCCCAUCCGAUAUCGAGGCACCUCUGGUUCUGGAAAACGUUUGCCUGCCUGGGUGUGCGGCAGGUGACAACAAGCCCCAACAGGCACCGGAAUCGGACGCAGGCCCGGCUGUGAAUCUUGUCCCAUCCCCUCUUGACGAAGCCAACCCUGCGGCGGAUAAAGGGCUGGCGGAUGUCCCAGAAGCGCCUGCCUUGGGUCCAGAGUCUCAACCUGCCGAAUUGCAGUGGACAAACAUUGACCUGAAGGAAGCCAAGAAGCCAGCUGCGGCCUCUGCAAGCGCCUCGGCUGAGGCAUCCAGCCUGUCCUCUUUUGGCACGUUGUCCGUUGGCAUAGAGGAUCAUCUGGAGGCCGACGAACAUCCGUUGUGGGCCUGGGUCUGUGGCGGAGGCUGCUUUGUGGAUUCACACAGCUCCCUCAAGUGGUUCACGGUGCAGUCAGGUGGGGGAGAUUUCCAGUGUUUGAACCAUCUCCAUGUCCCAUUCUGAAUGUGUACACUUCCCCUGUGGUCCUUCCUUCCCAUUGAUCCAGCCCUGUAAGGUCCCACUUUUAAAUAUCUAUCCUUUGGUCACGGACUUAACAUUGAGACACACCUAAGUUUCUGGUAAACCUGCGUCUAGCCUGUACUACUUAAGACAGCAGGUGGGAAUUCACAUGACUGUUCUGUACAAAAUAGUUCAGUAUACAAGGAAAACUAUCCAGAUCUUUCUGGAGAUGGAUUCUAGGCAACCUUUCCCUGACCAGCUGGUGGUGUGUUCUUUUCUUUUUGUGAAGGAAUGUUGAACCCUCACAAGUGGCCUGAAAUUGUAUAGUCCAGACAUAGGUCUGCUGUCUCAUUCAUUUAUAAGAACUAGGCCUGAAGCCUGGACAAGUCUCUAUGAGUAAGGCCGACCCCUUUCCCUCAGAUUUGCAAGACUCCUGGCAUUUGUGCGACUAUCUCUUCACUUUAAGUUAGCCUUCUCCAGAGCUGAGUCCCUUGAUGGUGUCGGACUACAGCUCCCAUCAUCCCUGAUAGUUGCGCAUGUUGGUAGAGGCUGAUGGGAGUUGUAGUCCAGCAACAUCUGGAGCUGGGGUCAGCAAACUUUUUCAGCAGGGGGCCGGUCCACUGUCCCUCAGACCUUGUGGGGGGGCCGGACUAUAUUUAGGGGGGGAGAAUGAACAAAUUCCUAUGCCCCACAAAUAAUCCAGAGAUGCAUUUUAAAUAAAAGCACACAUUCUACUCAUGUAAAAACACGCUGAUUCCCAGACCGUCUGCGGGAUUUAGAAGGCGAUUGAGUUGGAUCUGGGCCCUGGGCCUUAGUUUGCCUACCCAUGAUCUGGAGAAACAACACAUUGGCUUCUGAUAAAACAUAGUGCUAUGUUUUUUCUCAUCUUCCUAGUAAAUGGUCUUGGAACCCUACCUCAAACUUUGGUACCUCCUAUCUUGGGCAAUGAAGUCUGUGUGUGGCGGUGGGAUGUACAAAGUUGCCUCACAUCCAUGCCAAACAUAUAAAGCACUUGGCUUCCCCUAGAGAAUCCUGGGAACUGUAGUUUACCUCUCAGGUAGCUACAGUUCCUGGCACCUUUCACAAACUACAGUUCCCAGAAACCCGCCUUAUACUGAGUCAGACUCGGUGGUCCAUCUAGCUCCAUACUGCCUACACUGACAGGCAGCAGUUCCCCUGGGUUCCUGAUAGGGAACAUUGCCAGCUGUACCUGGGCAUUGAACCUGGGACCUCCUGCAUGCAGGGCAGUUGCUCUAACAUUGAGGUGCUCUCCUUCCCCAGGUAGAAGCAAUGGCUUACCUGUCUAAGCAGUGUUGUCUCUCCUGACUUCCGGUGGCUCUCUCAGGUGUCAGGCAGAAGUUAUCACAUCACCAACUUCCUGGUCCUUUUUGAACCAAAAGUGACAGGGAUUGAACUUGAGGCCUUCUGGUUGUUCUGUUGCCUAGUCCUUAAUUAUGUGCUCCUCCUUUUCUGCCGUAGCCUUAUCCUCUUCCGGGCAGUCCCUCUCUCUCUCCAUCACCCCGGCACAGACUGCCGUGUGGCGGAAGCAGAUCUUUCAGCAGCUCACGGAAAGAACUCGGCGGGAGGUGGAGAACUUCCGACACUACGAACAGGCUGUUGAGCAGGUAAGCCUGGAGAGAGGUUGCCAUCUUUUCCUGCAUUUUGACUUUCAAAAUGAGCAAGCUGAGGGACUCUGAAGGACCUCGGAGAUGGGCUGAAAACUCUCCAAACUACAUUUUUCAUGCAGUCUUGACAUUAUGUAUUAAGAGCUUUAUGGCUAAGUUCCUAAUACAGUGGUACCUCUGGAUGCGAACGGGAUCUGUUCUGAGCCCCGUUCGCAUCCUGAAGCGAACGUAACACGCGUGUGCGCGGGUCACGUUUCGCCGCUUCCACGCAGGCGUGUGAUGUCACUUUGAGCAUCUGCGCAUGCGCGAGCGGCAAAACCCGGAAGUAACGCACUCAGUUACUUCUUGGUCACCGUGGAGCGCAACCUGAAAAUACUUAACUUGAAGCUACUUCAACCCGAGGUAUGACUGUAUAUAUUAAGAGUUUUAUCGCUGAGUUCCUAAUAAUAGUAGUAAACAUGACUAUACCUCUGUUAUGGGAGCAUGUUAUGGAGGAGGGGAGAAGCAGGUUGAAGUCUCUUUAGGGCCAGAAAAAAAAUGAUUGGAUGCAGCAUGAGGUUCUAGGACCUAUGUGUUUGCCACCCCUACCAUACAGAGUGAGGCCAGGGGGGGAUCAGGUUCCAUGCCUCAAGAUGCUUACAACCUACAGUUCUAUCAAUGGGUGCGCCGAAAGGAAUUUGACCUGUCUAACCUACUUUUAAAGUUGUGUAAGUCGAUCACUAUCACCACAUCCUGUGGCAAGAAAUUCCAUCGUUCAAGAGCAUAAAUAAGUACUUUUGUCUGGAACCUUCCACCCAGCAACUUCGCUGGAUGGCCCCAGAGAAGGGGGGGAAAUCUCUGUCUGCUUUCUCUGCACAACCACCAUAGUAUAACCUUUUGUCCGCUACUGUCUGUAGUAGAGAGGAGGAGUGAUGGAGGGAAGGGGAGCGGAGGUGUUUUGCCCCCUUGUGGCUUCUGCACCUAAAUGAUGCUGUUGGGUAGUUGUGGUUUUAUUGCAUUGUAUUCAUUGGACGCGGGUGGCGCUGUGGGUUAAACCACAGAGCCUAGGACUUGCCAAUCAGAAGGUCGGCGGUUCGAAUCCCCGCGAAGGGGUGAGUUCCUGUUGUUCGGUCCCUGCUCCUGCCCACCUAGCAGUUCGAAAGCACGUCAAAGUGCAAGUAGAUAAAUAGGUACCGCUGUGACGGGAAGGUAAACGGCGUUUCCGUGCGCCGCUCUGUUUCGCCAGAAGCGGCUUAGUCAUGCUGGCCACAGGACCCGGAAGCUGUAUGCCGGCUCCUUCGGCCAAUAAAGCAAGAUGAGCGUCGCAGCCCAGAGUCGGUCACGACUGGACCUAAUGGUCAGGGGUCCUUUUACCUUUACCUAUUGUAUUCAUUUCAUUUCAUUUUUGCCUCUCCAGUCUGUCUGGGUCAAAACUGGAACCUUGCAGUGGUGGAGAAGCUGGAAGCCUUACAGGUGGGUUGAUGUGCGGGUGGCCCUAGAGCAGUUCACCGGGAACGACGGCACACGGGACAGCAUCCUCUUCAUCUAUUACAUGCACUACGAGGAGAAGAAGGUACUGGCGCGUGGCCAUAUUCUCUCUAGAAAAGCCACACUGAGCUCUCUGCGCUGUGUCUGUAUUUUAUGCACUGAUUUGCUUUGUAAAUUUAUAACAUGAUGUGAGAUGGAUUUUCCACCCACCCCAGAAAACUUUUCAGUACUCUACGUUUCUGUGAAAAUGUCCGAAAAAUGCGUUGUUUGCUUCAUAUAAUUAAUCAGCAGCAUAAUAAGCAGAUGCAAUACCAUUCAAAUGGGUCGAUUGCCAAAUUCUUAAUUUCUCCUCCUUGAAGCAUUCACACCUAUAUAACAUAUAUAUGAAUAUCUCUUCCAUUGUGCUAAAAUUAGCAUUUAGCAUUUUUAAGUACAGUGGCUUCUGAUUGGCUGCAGGAAGCUCCUGCAGCCAGUGGAAAGCCCUGUGAGACAUUCGGCUUCCAAAAAAAGUUCAGAAACUGGAACACUCACUUCCAGUUUUCGGUCUUUCGGGAGCUGAAACGUUGGGCAACUAAGCCGUUCGAAAUCCAAGGUACGACUGUAUAUGACGAAACUGUUUGGAAAAGGGAGGAUACUUCUAUUUCUAAUUAUCCAAAUACAUGUUGGAGUACAAGGCACCAUCUUAGAUGAUGGCCUCCUAUGUGAGGAACGUGGGAAUGUGCCUUAUACUGGCAGAUUCCUGACCAUAGACCCAUCUAGUUCAGUAUUGUCUACACUGGCAGGCAGUGGCUCCCCAAGAUUCCAGACUGCAGACUUUUCCAACCCUACCUGGAGAUGCCAGGGACUGAACCUGGGACCUUCUGCAUGCAGAGCAGGUGCUCUACCACUGAGCCAGGACCGUUCACCCAAUGCUUUCCACCAGAUUCUUUAAAAAUUCCGAGAUUCAGUUGUUAUUACCGUAUUUUUCGCUCUAUAGGAAGCACUUUUUCCCUUCCAAAAAUUAAGGGGAAAUGUGUGUGCGUCCUAUGGAGCGACUCCUUGGCUUCAGCGAUAGCAACACGAAGCCUCCAAAGCACAGAGGGAGCGCUCCCUCCGUGCUCCAGAGGCUACGCGUUGCUUUCGCUGAAGCCUGGAGAGCGAGAGGGGUCGGUGUGCACUGACCCCUCUCUCUCUCCAGGCUUCAGGGAUAGCCGCCUGAAGCCUUUGGAGCGCAACGGGAACUCACACUGCGCUCCAAAGGCUUCAGGUUCCUUUUGCUGAAGCCGGGAGAGCAAAACUCUCCUGGCUUUAGCAGAGAGGGAGAGCUGCGCAGCGCCCCUUCAGCCAAGCGGGAGGAGAACUGGAAGGGUCUCCAUUUCUCCUGCCGCUUGGCUGAAGGGGCGCUGAGCAGAGAGGGGGAGGUUUUUUUUUCUUGUUCUCCCCCUCUAAAACAAGGUGCAUCCUAUGGUCAGGUGAAUGCGCUCCUCAGUAAAAAAAAGCUUGUAUUUUGUGUGUGUGUGUUUUCCCAGUACAUCCAUGUGUUCCUCAAUGAAGUCACCAUCCUGGUUGAGAUCCUAAACGAGGCCAAACAUUCCUUCGCUCUGUAUACGCCGGAAAAAACCAAGCAGCGCUGGCCCAUCCGACUAGCGGCUGCCACCGAACAGGAGAUGCACGACUGGGUGAGCUCAAAGACCAGAUGCAUGUUGAAAUCAACAGAGCAUGUUUUGAAAUUCAUUCCUUGUGUAUCAGAUUCGAAUAUUGCCUUAAAAAAAAAAAAAAGCUCCCAUCUGCACUAUACAUUUAAAGCAGUAUGAUACCACUUUAUCACUCAUGGCUUCCCUCAGAGAAUCCCAAGAAACGUAGUUCAGUGAGGCUGUUGAGAGGUGUUUAGACCUUUCGUUCCCACAAUUCCCAGAGUUCUCUGGGGAAAGGGAUAGACCAGCGGUUCUCAACCUGUGGGUCCCCAGAUGUUGUUGGACUACAACUCCCAUCAUCCCUGAGCUCUGGCCUUGCUAGCUAGGGGUGAUGGGAGUUGUAGUUCAACAACAUCUGGGGCCCCACAGGUUGAGAAAGGCUGGGAUAGACUGUUAAAUCAUUUUGAGAAUUUUACAGUUAGCCAUCCAUCCCUCUUCUCCAGGAAACUCUGGGAAUUGUGGCUCUGUGAGGGGGAAUAGGGGGUCUCCUAACAACUCACAGCACCCUUAGCAAACUACACUUCCCAUGAUCCUUUAGGCAAAGCCAUGACUGAUAACAUAGUAGGAUGCUUUAAAUCAGGGGUGUCCCAACUUCCAAGAGACUGCGAUCAACUCCCACUAUAAAUAAACUGGCAGUGAUCUACCCAGUUUAUUGACCAGAGUUGUUGAGCUUUUUCCGGUUGGACAGGCCUGCUUUAAAUGCAUAGUGUCAUCUCUUGAUUCGUAUUUUAAAGGAGCUGCAAUGCUCAAACUGCUGGUGUUCCCCGUGACUAAAUGUGUCCUCCUCUCGUGCCUCCCAGCUGGCUCUCCUGAGCAUGUCCUGCUGCGAAAGCCGGCAGAUCCAGGGGCCCCCCUCCCAUCAGGCCAUCUGGUCCGUGACCUGCAAAGGGGACAUCUUCGCUAGUGAGCCAAGUCCCGACAUGGAGGCAGCGACACACCCAACACCGUGUGACCAAAUGUAAGAAAGCUUUAAUAAGUCUCCCUUGCUAAUGGAUUAUAUGUGUGGCUGCAAAUUUGCCCUUUUUUUGCCGGGUUGGGGGGGGAAUCAAACACAUGGCAAAUUUCGAUUGACCGGCAGAGGACAGGCCCGAACCUGUUCCAAUAAACUCAGAGGUCUCUACUGGGGUUGUUUCCUAGCCAAUUUAAGGGCUCUCUCACUCUCCUUAGCCUACCUUACAGGUUGUUUUACGGCUAUUGAGGGAUCCAGGUGUGCGUCCCCAAACUCGUUGGAGGAGGGAUGGGCUAAAAUUGCAAUAAAAAUAAGAAUGUUCGUUUAUAGAAUAGGUGGAUUGGUUUCAGCAGUUCUCAACCUGUGGGUUCACAGAUGUUGUUGGACUGCAACUCCCAUCAUCCCUGAGGUCUGGCCUUGCUAGCUAGGGGUGAUGGGAGUUGUAGUCCAACAGUAUCUGGGGACCCACAGGUUGAGAAAGGCUGGUUUAGAUGGUUCUGUAUCCUGGGGGAAUGCUGAGCAGAUUUUUUUUUGUCCUGCAGGUUCUGGCGCCAGAUAGGUGGACAUCUCCGAAUGAUUGAAUGCAACAGCCGCGGCAUAGUCUGGGGCGUGGGGUAUGACCACACCGCCUGGGUUUACACCGGUGGAUAUGGAGGAAGUUUCUUCUCAGGUAAGAAAUAUAUUUUCAUUUUGACCUCUGUACUUGCAGGGGGGCCUAGAUGGCGCCCCUGGGUGGGACAUCCCACCUGCCAAUGACCUGGCAUUAUAAUUGACAGGUGGGAUAUCUUACUAUAUAAUAAUAUCUCUAUGACUGCCAUCACGCUGGCGACCCAAGUGCACAUGCGCAGCAACCCCUUGCAAUUCAGGAGUCUCUACUAGAUCAUACAUGACAGAGGGCCAUCCAAUUUCUGCUGAAAAACCUCCAAGGAAGGAGAGUCCAUCACCUCCCAAGGGAACCCGUCCCACUGUCAAGCAGUUCUUAGUGUCGAAAAGUUCCUCCUGACGUUUAUUCAGAAUCUCCUUUCUUGGAGCUUAGAGCCAUUGUUUUGGGUCUACCCUCCUGAAAACAAGCUUGCUCCAUCCUACAUAAGACUGCCCUUGAGAUAUUUGAAGAUGGCUAUCAUAGCUCCGAGGACGCGGGUGGCGCUGUGGGUAAAACCUCAGUGCCUAGGGCUUGCCGAUCGCAUGGUCGGCGGUUCGAAUCCCCGCGGCAGGGUGAGCUCCCGUCUUUCGGUCCCAGCUCCUGCCCACCUAGCAGUUCGAAAGCACUCUUAAGUGCAAGUAGAUAAAUAGGUACCACUUUAUAGCGGGAAGGUAAAUGGCGUUUCCGUGUGCUGCGCUGGCUCGCCAGAGCAGCUUCGUCACGCUGGCCACGUGACCCGGAAGUGUCUCCGGACAGCGCUGGCCCCCGGCCUCUUAAGUGAGAUGGGCGCACAACCCUAGAGUCGGACACGACUGGCCCGUACGGGCAGGGGUACCUUUACCUUUACCUUUAUCAUAGCUCCUCUCGAUCUGCACUUUUCCAGGCUAAACAUACCCAAGUCCCACAACCGUUCCUCAUAAACCUUGGUUUCCAGAUCCUUUAUGAAUCUCUUCCCAUAAGAUCUCACAGUAAAGGUAAAGGACCCCUGACAGUUAAGUCCAGUCGCGGACGACUCUGGGGUUGCGGCGCUCAUCUCACUUUACAGGCCGAGGGAGCUGACGUUUGUCCGCAGACAGUUUUCCCGGGUUAUGUGGCCAGCAUGACUAAACCGCUUCUGGCGAACCAGAGCAGCACACGGAAACGCCGUUUACCUUCCCGCUGGAUUGGUACCUAUUUAUCUACAUGCACUUUGACAGCAAUAAAAACAAUUCCAUAUGUAGAAACAAUUUCAAAUCUAAUACAGAUACAGACUGGUAUUAUACACAGUAUUAUAUUUUGUGUGUGUGUAUUUAUAGACACAUACAUGGAUAUACAUUCAUACACAUUCCUGUAUAUAUUAAUUUAGGGAAGGAUAUCAAUAUUUAAAAUGGGAAAUGGACGUUCAAUAUUAGGGUGUGAUUAAUGGUCUGGGUCUUGUAGGUCUAGCAAGCAGCGCAGAUAACAUUUACUCGCAGUCGGAUGUGAAGUGUGUCUACAUUUAUGAGAAUCAGCGGUGGAAUCCUGUCACUGGAUACAGCAGCAGGUACGGGGUGCCGAGGGGCAAACUUCAGAGUGACUCUCUUGGGGUACGUCCAUUGGAGUCUACUGGUCUUACUUGGCUGACUCUAUUCAUUUUUUUAGUUGUCGUUUUUAACAGCAAGCAAGCAACCAUUUCCAUUUGCUCUGCCCACUAGCAUCAAAACCUGGUUUUGAUUCUGGAUUGUGGUCCUUGCAAGAUGACUUGCCCACAUCUGUGUGCGUUGAACAUUUCAAAUAAUAAUAAUAACAACAACAACAACAACAAAUUUAUUAUUUAUUUAUUAUUUUUAAUAUACUCCCAACAGUAUAUUAAAAACACGAUAAAACAUCAAACAUUAAAUGCUUCCCUAAACAGGGCUGCCUUCAGAUGUCUUCUAAAAGUCAGAUAGUUGUUUAUUUCCUUGACAUCUGAUGGGAGAACGUUCCACAGGGUGGGUGUCACUCCUGAGAAGGCCCUCAGCGCUGGCCCUCAAUGUCUGGGCUGAAUGAUGGGGGUGGAGACGCUCCUUCAGGUAUACUGGGCCGAGGCCAUUGAGGGCUUUAAAGGUCAACACCAACACUUUGAAUUGUGCUUGGAAAUGUACUGGGAGCCAAUGUAGGUCUUUCAGGACCUUUCAAACUCUUAGGUCUGAUAGUUCACCAAGCUUGGGAGGCCUAGGAAGUUCUCUGCACUGGGUAAAUACUAGAUUUCACCACUUGAGGGUGUGUUUGCCCAAAAACGUUUAGCAUGGGUGCCGGGACCAGGUGGUUGGGUGGAAGAAAGCAUGCCUAGGACCCGCUUUGUGGAAACUGCACGGCUCAAUUUUGUUGUCAAGACAAACAAUUUUUCUGCUUAUAUAUUUGCCAAGAAAUGUAACUUCUGAAUGAGAUAAAUCUGCUUAUGGAUUUGAUGUAUUUAUAUCUUGCCUUUCUCCCAAGUUGGGAUUCAAGGUGGCUAUGCCAAAAUGGACUAUGCCAAAAUGGCAAAAUUAACUGAGAAGCUCAGGAAUCAAGAAGACAAGGAAUUUAAAAAAGAAUGGGAAAUGUUUAUACAAAAUCAUUGUAAACAGGUCAAAACAUUAGCAGGAUUUUAAAUACACUUGUAACAACAUAUAGAUAAUUUAGGAAGAUGAAAAAUUGGAGAAGUACUGAUAUGCAGUUGAAAAUAGAAUUAAAAGGACCCAUGGAAGGGAUGUGGAGGAGUCAGGAGAUUCAGAGUAAUCUCAAUAUUUGGAUUUUGUACUGUUUUAUGUUGUAUGUUUAUAUCCUUGAAAAUCAAUAAAAAAGAUUAUUAGAUUUUUAAAAAAACCACCAACAUAAUCUGUGCCUAGUUUUCAAAGGAUAGGAAGGUCUUAGACUGCUGGCAGAAGGAUGAUAAUAAUCAUCAUAAUAAUUUAUUACUUAUACCCUGCCCAUCUGGCUGGGCCUCCCAGCCACUUUGGCCGGCUUCCAACAGAAUAUUAAAAACACAAUAAAACAUCAAAGAUAGUGAGGGAGCUAGUCCAACCUCUUUUGGGAGGGAAUUCCACAAUCUUGGGGCAGCCACCGAAAAGGCUCUGUCUCAUGUCACCACCAACUGUGCCUCUGAUGUUGAUGAAACCGAGAGAAGGUGGGCUUGGAACUAUGUUUCAUGCCUCAUCGGUGACCUGGGAAUUGACCACAGCUUCCUUCAUUUUAACUGCCAUGUAAUGUAAGGAAAGGCCUGGAUUCCAGCUCUGAAAAUCACACUGGGAAAUAGCAGAGGAGCGGCAGGGAGCCCAGAAGCUCAAGCACCGCUAAACCGUGGUUGGAUGUUACACGUGGACCCAACUCAGCAAAGUCUCAAAGGCUGCUCCCUAAUACAGUCAUACCUUAUGUUGCAUCUGCUUCAUGCUGUGUCUUUUCACGUUACGACCCGCAGCAACCCAGAAGUACCGGAACGGGUUACUUCCGGGUUUUGCCGCAUGCGCAGAAGCGCCAAAUUGCGCCGUGCGCCUGCGCAGAUACAGCACUUUGAGUUGCGGGCAUUUCACGUUAACGGACGGGCCCCCAGAACAGAUCCUAGCCGUAAUACAAGGUACCACUGUAUGCUGUUAUGCAAGGAAGGCAUUUCUGGUGUGAAGUGGUUUCUUUUAGGCUGCAACACACAGGACUGAACUCCACUGAACAGAAUGGGACUUAACUAACUGAGUCAGCACACAGAAGAUCAGGCACUGAGCGUCCUGUGUGUGUUUUGUCUUACAGGGGCCUCCCCACGGAUCGGUAUAUGUGGAGCGAUGCCUCCGGCUUGCAGGAGUGUACGAAGACCAACACCAAGCCCCCGUCACCACAAUGGUCUUGGGUAAGCGGACUGGACCGUUCUGGACAUUGCCCUGUUGCAAAGAUGAACUGACUUGCAGCAACAGAUUUUCUGGAGAUGUAUCCCUCCCUGUCCCAGCUAAGUGCCUUUGGACAAGUCACAAGCCUGUAUGCCAUGUACGGAGGUGGAUGAUUGAUUCACCUAGCUCAGUAUUGUCUACACUGACUGACAGCAGCUCUCCAGGGCUUUGGGCAGGGUAGACUCUCCCUUCCAUAUCUGACGAUCCUGGGAUUGAACCCAGGACUUCCUGCAUGCGAGGCAGAUCCUCUACCACUGAGCUACAGCCAGGGAAGGUUCCUAGAACCAUAGAAUUUUCGAGCUGGAAGGGACCCCGCAUCAUCUAGUCCAACCCUCUGUGAUACAGGAAUCUCAGCUAUAGCAUCCAUGAGAGAUGGCCACCUCUGCUUAAAAACCUCCAAGGAAGGAGAUUCCCCCAUCUCUUUGUGAGAGUCUGUUCCACUGUCGAACAGCUCUUACUGAUAUUUCGUUGGACUCUCCUUUCUUGUAACUUGAAUCCAUUCGUUCGGGUCCCACCGCUCUAUUUGCUGCCUACUCCAGUUUCGAAAAGGAUAUUGGAAAAUCCUGUGUGACAACUAGUUUUUCCCUAAACUAGUUUUUUUCUGUUUUGCACUGGGAGUUUUUCGGUUGGGAAUGUAUGGAUAGGAUCAGUGUGAGAACCCUUGACUGCUGGUGUAGAACUGCCUUGGCCUACCCCCUCGCCUGUUCCCACCUCCCAUUUUUUAAUUUCCCACAAUUCCCCCAAAGGGCCCAACCAUAGCUUUGCUCCAGGUCAUUGUGGUGACUUUAACCUGGCUUUCCAGACCCAACUGCUGCUACUGGAGGAAGCCACCAGGGGGCACCCUGCUAGGAGCUUUCUCAAAAUUUAUGUUGCUGGUCCUGGAUAGGGAUCAGUUUUCUUCUCCUUCUCCUUCUGAAUUCUUGACUCUCUCUCCACUCAAUCCAGGUUUCUGACUGGUACAUCGAUUUUAGCGUUUCGGGCGGCACUGAUCGGGAAGGGUGGCAAUACGCAGCUGACUUUCCAGCGUAAGGCUUAUUGUUUUCUUUACUACUGCUAAAUGGUUUGGCUUGCAUAAGUUACCUCCCCUGUAUCUGCUUAUGAAGUCUUAAGAAUGGCAACAGGAACAGAAGCUUUUGAGAAAAAACACAGGGGGGAAAUAUUAGGUUGUAAGCCAUUCAAGGUUACUUCCACACCAUACAUCUAAAGAGUUCUUGUUAGACCUCUGUUGCCCUCACAGAGCAACAGUUUUCAGAGUGGCUGAACAAUCUAAUCCCUCUUCAGAGGGAACUCAUGAAAUUAAAGGCCUGUGAAGGGGAAUAAGGGACUCCUAACAACUCUCAGCACUCUUAACAAACUACAGCUCCCAGAAUUCUUUGGGGGAAGCCAUGACUGCUUAAAGCGGUAUCAUAAUGCUUCAAAUGUACAGUAUGAAUGUGACCCAAGAUUCUCGUUUCUGCAUUUAUUGGGUUAAAAUUUAUUUUUACCUAACGUUCAGGUGGGGCCUGCUGCUGUCUGGGCCCCGCCAUUUUCAUUUCCCAUGAUGCCCUCCACAGUGUUGCUCCAGGGGAUUGUGGGAAAUUAAAAUGGCAUCUGCAAGAAUGGCUGCCCACAGGAAGCAUUCCAGUGGUGGGAGAAGUAAAAAGCUAAUUGGAGAAGAUUGGUGCUUGUACGUUUUGCCUCAUAUCUCAGGUUCUACAAAUGCUAAAAUCUUGCUUUAAAAAAAAUUAGGAUCUUCUUGGAGGCAGGGGGCAGAGAACAGCCCCCUCGCUCUCUAGACACCUGUAUGUCCAAGUAGCCCAGCACUGAUUACAGCACAUCCGCUGCUGCUGCCACCAGAUUAAUCCCACCAAGGCCUUCUUCAAAUUUGGAGCUGGACCUCACUGCAGGGUUGUUGUGAAGAGGAAAGGGACCAAGUUUGUGCACCUUGGAGGGAAAUGGGGAGGAUCAAAGUAAAUUCAAAAUCUGGUGCUCUUUGUGCCUGUAUCAGUUUAUGGAACCAACAGCAAGAAGAUCUGGAUUUGUUUCAUUACUCAUGUCCCAUUAGACUGUACAGAACUCCAUAAGCUCCAUUUAUACGAAAAAUAAAUCUGGCACCGGGGUGUUGCUUUGCUCUUUAGCAAAAGUUCACUCGUGACAAGUGGCUAACCCCCAACAUAGGAGUCUGGUUGGCCCAACAAGCCACCCUUUGUCUGAGAAGGGCCAGGACCUCUUUAUCUUUUUGCCGGUGGACAGUGUUAAAAAACAGUGCGUCUCUCCUUCCUGCAGGUCUUAUCACGGGCACAAGACAAUGAAGGACUUUGUGCGACGAAGGCGCUGGGCCAGGUAAAGCACAUCACACUCAAAAAUAGUUUAGGUACCUCUCAGGUAUAUUGCGGGAGGGGGAAAAGAAUUUUCCCUUCCUUUGCACGUACAUUGGCCUGCUUCCCUUACCACAUACUUUGUCGAUUUUUAAAAUCUGAUUCUAUUCUAUACUGCUUUAAGUAUAGUUAACAGCCUUACUACGGAGUCAUUGGCAGCUGUUAAAGAUGGUUCAUAAGAAUCUAUUAAUAGCCCUGCCAUCCUGUUCUCACAGUGACCGACCAGAUCAGGGGUCGGCAAGGCUUACCGGGCAUGGGCCAGAUCACUCCCACGGAGAUCCUCCAUGGGCCGGACUGGCGCAGCGCAAUGCCGGAAAUCACGUCUGAGCAUGUCCGCAACGCCAGAAAUCGCUUCUGCGCAUGCCCAGAUGCCGAAAUCACACCUGCGCAGAAGCGAUUUCUGACGUCUGGGCAUGUGCAGAAGCAAUUUCCGGAGCGGUGGAAGAGAGUACCCGUGCUGCGCUGCGCCGGUUUAGCGCAGCGCACAGGGACUCACCAAGCGGGCGGCUCGUGGACCAGUUAAACAGAUGCUCAUGGGAAGCUUGCAAACUGGACGCGAUGAGUGCUCAACAGCACUCCUGCCCCACUUGCAAUUCCCAACAACUCCUAUUCAGAGUUAUAAUGGCGAAUACGCAGUCUCCCUGAUCUCUCUGGUCUUUGUGAGUUUCAGUAUGAACAGACCCCCAGCCCCUGCCCCCUGGACUAGUGCAAGGAUUGGGGCCAUCGCUCGCCAUUGAGCUGGCAAAAUGCACCUGGCCAUCGAGGGCUUUUAAAGUCAACACCAAUACAUUGAAUUGUGCUCAGAUACAUAAUGGGAGUCAGCGUAGAUCCUUUAGGACCGGCCUUCCAAUCUCCACUCAACCUCCCCGCUUCGCCAAUAAAGCAAAGCAAAUGUAGGAGGAAUGAGUUGGGUAGUUUUUUUAUUUCCGUGCCAAGGUGGAAGGCAUCAGUGCCCUGAUCAUUCUCUUUGCCCUUUGACCUCCCGACCACCACACAGCGGUGCCCUUAUUAGCUUGGCUUUCUAAAUAUCUUCUUGUGCUGAACUGCUGUUCAUCCAGCCCCAACAUUGCAUCAUGCUCAUUUGGCUAAUCGGUAAAACACACAUGCCUUCGUUAGCUUCUGUAAACCUACAACUUGAAUUGCUGCCCACUGCAGUUUUUGGCCUCCCCUUGGCUGCAGGUUCAGGUUUUUCUGGGCCCUGAAGCGCCAGUUCCUGGUGCUUAGCAGGGCUCCCUCGGGUCUCAAACCGUUGUAUAUCCUGCAGCUGCAAAUGGGGAAAAGAAGGGGUUGUUUGGCCCUCGAAGUUCAGCCACGUUCCCCCCGCAAUUCCCUGCGUCAGGUUUUGAAAGCGUUUGCUUCCUGCCACCCGCGAUCCUUCUCACAGUGCUUCAUAGCAUCAUAAAUGUUCAUGCAUUUGUAAGAAAUUGAUCUUCAGUAUUGUCUACUCUGGCUGGCAGCAGUCCCCAUAAUUUUAGGAAGAGAGUCUCUCCCAGAGCUACCUGCAGAUGCUGGGGAUUGAACCUUGGACUUCCUGCGUGUAAGGCAGGUCCUCUGCCAUUGCUCUUUUACUCACCUCCUUUCUCUCUCCCUUGCCUUUCCAGGAAAUGCAGAUAUGUCACCAGUGGUCCUUGGCUGGAAGUCCCCCCAAUAGCCCUGUGGGACGUUUCCAUCAUUCCUGAAUCUCUGGCUGCUGAGGACGAGUUUGUGGCUCUCUGGGCUAUCAGCGACAAGGGAGAUGUGCUUUGUCGACUAUGCAUCACGCCCCAAAACCCAGCUGUGAGCCUUUUAUUUUCUUGUGUGUUCGUGCAAACUGAGCACCUGAAAUGAAUCUAAAUAACAUCACUUGUGCACUUUUCUAGUUUGUAAGCUCUUGGGUGAGCUCCCGUUGCUCGGUCCCUGCUCCUGCCAACCUAGCAGUUCGAAAGCACUUCAAAGUGCAAGUAGAUAAAUAGGUACCGCUCUGGCGGGAAGGUAAACGGCGUUUCCAUGCACUGCUCUGGUUCGCCAGAAGCAGCUUAGUCAUGCUGGCCACAUGACCCGGAAGCUGUACACCAGCUUCCUUGGCCAAUAAAGCGAGAUGAGCACUGCAACCCCAGAGUUGUCCAUGACUGGACUGGACCUAACAGUCAGGGGUCCCUUUACCUUUACCUUUAUGCUCUUCGGUAAUCAGUUAUAAAUGCUGUUUUUUUAAUGGGGCAUGUUAGGGUCAAUCCUCAUUUAGUUCAGGCCUGGGGGACCUGUGGCCUUCCAGGUGUUAGGAUCGCAUCAUAGAAUUUUAGAGUUGGAAGGGACCAUGGGGUCAUCUGAGUCCAUCCUCUUGCAAUGCAGGAAUCUUUUGCUCAUCAUGGGGCUCAAACCCACAACCCUGAGAUUAAAAGUCUCAUGCUCUACCAACUGAACUUGAGCUCCAACUCCCAUCAGUCCCAGCCAUAACUUCAUGCGUCUGAUAGAUGACUGUAGCCCAUAAAUGCUUCUACUACCAAUAAGGUGGCUACCCCCUUGGAAACUGUGUCAGCUGUGCAGUGUCACUUCAAACAUACCUAGGGGGACCCGUGGAGUUUUAUCUUCUUGCUAGCUAUCUUCCCAUUCAAGUAACAUUUCUAUACUCUGAAUCCCACCUCUUUUUUGCCAUUGUGUUCCAUUUAUAUCUAAUAGACACGACACAAAAGGAAAGGGGGAAGAGGAGGGCCGAUGAAAACAAGCGAAUCCAGGAGCCAGUGCUUAACAUUACACAGUUGUAGCAAUGGCAAGGUGGAACAACCACUGAAGGGAGGCAGUGGUGGGAUGGGAGGAGCCAAGUGGCAAGUGACUCCCCACUGAACUUACUAAACAAGGCCUUCCUGUCUUGCCUCUGAUGGAGACAGUUCUGGAAAGUGGCGAGGGAUUUGGGGAAAGGAAGGGUCCCAGCAGCGGAUGGAAGCAGAGCCAACGAUGGCCAUAUUUAUAGCUUUGUCCCCAUUCUCCCACAUAGUUUUACAAGGGCAGCACUGAGGCUGAGGAGGAAGCAGAACAGACAGAGCCACCUUCUGGACCAGUUAGAAAGUAGAAAGGCUGAGGUUGGUGGAGCAGUGCCGCAUUGCCCUAACUGAGCCCAACCAGGUCAACAAAGGGGGUCUGACUGGGUCCCCUCAUCCCCCAGCAGCAGCCUGAGACCGCAUCUAGCAUUGGAGUUUUGAACUUCAGUGCUUGUAGUCAGCCUACCUUGCACCUAGAACCAAAUGCUUCUUUGAAGAAAUCCUGUUGCAUUUUCAGUAGGCCGUUCCAGUCUCAGGACACAGUCAUGCAACUUUGCUUGCCCUGGGAAUUGCUUUGCAGAAGGAUGAAAUCCUCUGUUAUUGUUACCUGUCUUAGAAGUUCAGGAACCACUGAAAUUGGAUAGCUAGUGCAUUCUCUCUCUUCCCCUCCCCUGCCCCCCAAUUAGGGAACAUCCUGGCUCCACGUGGGAACAGAUCAGCCCUUUGUUUCGGUUUCCAUCGGAGCAUUUCACCAGGUUUGGGCCGUGGCCCGCGAUGGCUCCAUCUUCUAUCGCGGUUCAGUAUCGCCAAAGAAACCUGAAGGUAAGCCUGUGACCACUGGCCACAUGUUUAUUUUUUUUAGUUAACAAAACUUAACACCCUGCUUUGAUUGAAGUAAAACCUCUUAAGUGGUUUGCAGGAAACAUUUAAACCACAGUGGUACCUCGUGUUACGUACCGCCCCCCUUACGAAUGCUGUGGGUUACGCGCUCCGCUAACCCAGAAGUAGAUGCCCCUUGUUGCGACCUUUGCCCCAGGAUGCGAGCGGAAGUCAUGCUCCGGGGGCACGGCAGCAGCGGGAGGUGCCAUUAGAGAAAGCAUGCCUCAUGUUAUGAGCGGUUUCCUGUUACAAACGGACCUCCGGAAUGGAUUAAGUACAAAACACGAGGUACCACUGUAUUGGCAAUACUAAAACGAUUAGAAAUAUUUUUUAAAAAAUAUAUAUUAUUUUAUCAAUCAAAACAGUUAAGAGCCAUUAAAAACAUUUGAAGAUAAUUAAAAUUAACAGUAAAAAGAAGAAAGAUUGAAGCACAUCAACACCUGCAUCCCUGCACCUACAAAAUUAGCAUGUCCAGGAGAAGAGUUUUAGGCUUGUUUUCCUGUGUGCAUGGACCCAGAUCACUUUGCCCUCUCUGGAGUGAUGUGGAUUAGGUCUUGCAGAAGAAGGCGAGCAGAUGGACAAUGGCAAAAAGGUGAAUCCACUCUGGGAGGGGGUCCCACUGGGGGAAUCCUGUGCAAGUCCAGAUCUAGAGCCACCACUGAGUAUGGUGAAGAUAACGUGAUAAGCCAAAGUAUAGCUGCCCCACGGGAAAAGGGCCAGAACAGUCCCUCUGCUGUGUUGAUUCCUGCAUGCGGGUGUUUCUGAAGGUUCUGGGUUUUGCAUCACUGACUAUAAAUCAUGCUGUAAUUAUUAGUGUUGUUUCAUGGCUGUCUGGCUGUCUCUGUCAUUGUACAGGUGACUGCUGGUACCAUAUUCCUUCUCCCCCGAAGCAGAAGAUAAAGCAAGUCUCUGUUGGGCGAACCUCUGUCUUUGUUGUGGAUAAAAAUGGUGAGCUGCUAGCUUUCUGUUUCCAGAGGGGUGUAGUCCACUGCUGUCUUAAAUCUGUUGCACCAAAACACAACCAGGAAUCUUAUGGCACCUUAAAAGAUAAGGGGUGUCUGCAACCAGUAUUGAAUGAUUAUUUGUCAGGAACUGAGAUUGUGCAGUAGCACCAGGUGUGUUUUGAUUAUGGAGUUGUGAGGGAGCAAGAGGAAGUACCUGCAAGUCCCACUGUCACAACUCUCAUUAUCUGAAAUCUCAGUUAUCCAAACACAAAGAAUUGUACCCAAAUCUUGCUACACGAACAGCUGAUUCAGAUAUCCAAACAUUUGGAGUUUGCCACUUACUUGUUUGUGUUUUUAUGGUCAUCCAGAACCAUUUUGGAGGGAAACCAGGGAGGGAGGGAGAGAAAUCAGACAAAUCACGGAUUAGAAAUGUUCCCAUAGGAAAUAAUGGAAAUCAUCAGCUCAUUAUGUGAACCUUCGCCCAAUGAUCGAUUUCCUGGGAGUGCAUGGUGUUCAGAAAGUGGGAUCUGUGUGUAAUUUUGUUCCCAACCCAGGGGGUGAGAGCCAGGGGUUUCUGCAGGCAUUGGCUGCCAGUGGGAAUUUUCUUUCAUGCAGCCUAUGUUCGCAAAAUGCAGGCUUCUUUUCCCCCUUCCCGUCAGUUGAUGGGAAGGGGGGGAAAUAAGAUUUUGCCAGCUCACUGAUCAGCACUUCGGGAACCAAAAAAAAAAGAUCACCACUUCUGUAUUACAGGAUUGUCUUUCGACUUUUAAAGUAUGAUGCUCACAAAUGCAAGAACUGGGCAGAUCACCUCAUGCCCAUGCCGAACUUUUCCUUUUACAGGUAAUCUGUGGUAUCGCCAGGGAAUCACACCAAGCUACCCUCAAGGCUCCAGCUGGGACCACAUUUCAAACAACGUCCGCAAAGUGUCCGUUGGGCCUUUGGACCAGGUCUGAGUGCGCCGUCAAAGUAUCUCUUUGGAACGAUGACUGAAGGGGACACGAUAAACUUGUUUUGUAAAGGAUUGUUCACUAAGGUUGUUUAUUUACCUAAGGAAAGGGCAUAGAACACCCUGAUCUAUGGUGACUAGUCCCUAUAGUAAGACAGGGAGGUCCAACAGUAGGUGGCGCCAGAGCCAAUGACAGGCAGAGUCAACUAAUUCUGGUUUUGCCCCCAUCCUCUUCCUUGCUGAGUUCUAUAAGGGCAGCACUAAGGAGGAUGAAGCUGACAACCAGGGCCCACCCCCUGGGCUGAUAAGUAGGCAGGUGGGGGCCAACUGAGAGCAGCCUAGGGUUGGUGGGGCAGGGGCAUACUUAAUAAUAAUAAAUUUAUUAUGAUGACCAUCUGACUGGGUUGCCCCAGGCACUCUGGGCAGCUUCCAGCAAAAUAUAACAACAUUAAACAUUAAAAGCUUCCCUAUACAGGGCUGCCUUCAGAUGUCUUCUAAAAGUCAGAUAGUUGUUUAUUUCCUUGACAUCUGAUGGGAGGGCGUUCCACAGGGAGGGUGCCACUACCUAGAAGGCCCUCUGCCUGGUUCCCUGUACCCUCACUUCUUGCAAGACUUAACCCUCAUGGACCUGCUUCCACUGAUCCUGGCCCAGCCUUUGAGAGAGAGAGAGAAAGAAAAGGGGGUUGUGGAAAAUUGUAGUGUGGCUCCUUCCACUUCUUUCUGUCGGUUUUUGCAAGUAAUAAAGCAAGAUUUAAUUGCUUGCUGCUUCUCAUUCAUUCUGUUCUGUUGUGACAUUGGAAUGGUCCCCAUGAUGCGAUACAUCUACAUCAGAGUGCAUUUGUUUGGUGCCCGCCAGAUCUUUUGGACUGCAAUUCCCAUCUGCUCCAACCAGCAUGGAGAAUGGUCAGAAAUGAGGGGAGCAGAGUUGGUUUUAGGGUAGGGUGAAUCAUGCAUUUGGACUGGGUGCCACUCUGAAAAAUGCUGUAGAACGGAAUGAGAGAGGCGAACCUUUGUGUCGCACAGGGCGCUGCUGAAAUUUGGGGUGGGAGUUGUAGUCCAACGACAUCUGGAAGGCCAGAGUUUCCCCAUCCCCAGUUUAAAGCCACUUCACAUUUUCAACCCAGCCUGAACGAAGAUCCAUUGCGUUUGCAACAUGCGAGUUUCUCUCUUCUCUUUCUGUUUGCAUGUUUUGGAAGCUGGCUGCAGCUUUCCAGCUCCCAAGCUGCACCCAGAAUGAAAAGCCUUUCCACAUGCAUAGCUGACUGCACCUGGGAAGCAUGUAAAUUGCUACAUGGACGUGCCCUCCUUUUGCACAGGGAUUUUGGUAAUGCGCAAAGCACCCCCCUUGGUUGGUGGUUUUUGGUAUUGGUAAUCAAUGGUGUAGGAAGAAAUAACAUGGUGUGCGUGGCAUCAUCAGCCCUAUUCCUGUUUUCUAGGUCUGGGUGAUAGCUGACAAAGUACAAGGGAGCCAUAGCUUGAGCUGUGGAACGGUCUGUCAUCGGACAGGAGUCCAGCCAAUGGAGCCAAAAGGCCAUUCCUGGGACUACGGCAUUGGGGUGAGUACCGCAAUUCCUCAAGGACCACCUCUCUCCAUAUGAAUCUACCCAGACCCUGGGAUCAAUCUCUGAGGCUCUUCUUUGUGUUCCUCCUCCACAAGAGGUCCAGAGCGUGGAAACCCAAGAACCUUUUCUGCAGUGGUUCCCGGUUGGAGAAAACUCUCCCCAGAGAGACUCGCCUGGUGCCUUCAUUAUACACCUUUAGGCACCAGGCAAAAAUGUUCCUCUUCAGCCAAGGCUUUGGUUGAUGGACAUCCAAUGGCCUUUUAAAUGUGUUGUGGAAGUGGGGGAGAUUGGUUUGUGCCUGUUCUCAUUUCUGUUAUGGAUUUUGUGGGGUUUUUUUAUAUUGUAAUUUUAUGUUGUGAUCGGCCCUAAGAUCUACAGCAGCGGUCAGCAAACUUUUUCAGCAGGGAGCCGGUCCACUGUCCCUCAGACCGUGUGGGGGGCCGGACUAUAUUUUGAAAAAAUAAUAAAAAUGAACGAAUUCCUAUGCCCCACAAAUAACCCAGAGAUGCAUUUUAAAUAAAAGGACACAUCUACUCAUGUAAAAACACGCUGAUUCCUGGACCGUCCGCAGGCCAGAUUUAGAAGGCGAUUGGGCCGGAUCCAGCCCCCGGGCCUUAGUUUGCCUACCCAUGAUCUACUACUAAUAAUAAUAAUAAUAAAAGACACAAACAGCUGGAAUUUGUUAUGGGCCCCAUUUGGAGAAAAUUUGUAAGCAGAGCCGGGUAGAACAGCCACAUGUAUGGUUGGCAAGUGCCUAGACUGUAUACACACUCACACACCCUGCACCAGGGGUUGCCAGUAUGGUGCCUACAGGUACACAUGUGCCCACAAAAACAUUCCCCUGGUCCCCGGGUCUUCUCCACCUGCUGAAAUUAGGACUGAAAGAAGCAUUCCAUUAUAGCAAUAGAUCAGGUUGCUUGGCUGCAAGUAUGUGCGAUGCCCGUGAUAUUUUCUCUUUUUUAAUAUAUAUAAUUUUUAAUGAAUUUUCCGUUUUACAAUUUAGAAUAUACGUUUAGACAACCUUAAACUAUCAAUGACUUCCCUCCGUCUCUUUCCAUGGUUCAUUUUGCAUACUAUUCCAUUAUUACUUCCAUCAAAACUAAUUUACACUGUUGAAUUUAUCUUAAUGCUGCCAACGUUUUCAAGCAUAUACAAUUCCCCCCGAUAUAUUUGGUAAACAUUUCCCAAUCUUCCUUAAACGAAUUUUCUUCUUUGUUGUCUUAUUCCAUAAGUUAGAUCCGUAAGCUGCGCAUAUUCCAUCAGUUUUAAGUUGCCAUUCUUCUUUGGUUGGGACUUUGCUCAUUUUCCGGAUAUUUUCCCUGGCUUGUAAAUCUGCCCACGGGUCCAUUUACAAGAGAAAAGGUUGCUGGACUUAAGUGGACCAUUGGCCUUUAUCCAGGAAGGCUCUUCUUGUAUUCUUAAAGAGGCUUUUCUUGUCCAUGUUGGGUAGCUGCUGCACAGCAGAAUCUUUUCAAAACAUGUGGCUGAUUUUUCCCUUUUCUUCUUUGGCAGGGAGGAUGGGAGCACAUCACAGUAAGAGCGAACGCCAUGGAGAGCACCAAGGCUGUAGCCCAGGAAGCCUCCGCAGGGCAUCCCACCGAGCCCAACGAAACUGAAACUGGAGAGAGCGAAGGAAGAGGAGACCCUCCCCAAAACACCGUCUUGGUGGACACGGCUCAGGGCUUGGACCGGCAUGCUGUGCAAUGUUAA